GACGAGUGGGGAGAGGCGGGGUGGAAGCGACUGUCGGCUUUCGUAGCCGCGCCUCCAAUAGGGCCAAAGUCCCCUCUCGCCUGGCGCGGAGGCAGCAAGAGCGUUGCCCGGGCGGGUGCUUGCUUUGGCACCUGGGAUCCUGGCUUCCUGCCCGUUUCCCUCCUGGCGGUCUGGCUCUGUGCCCGGGGCGGAGCGGACUCAGGUGAGCUGAGCCACGACGGCGCGGCAGGCGUGUCCCCAGCGGCGAGGGCGGCCCAUCCUGCUAACCCCACGCCCGGCGCACCUGCCCGGCCAGUGCCAGCCCGCCAGCUUCCCUCGACGGUCCUCCAGCCAGAGCCAGCCAUGUACGGCAUCCAGCAACAAACCCAGGCGACGACGCUGCCGCCGUGCAUGCGGCCGCCGCAGCCCUGCUACACCCCGCCGGCCCCUUGCUACGUGCCGCCCGCGCCGGCCCCCUGCUACGUGCCGCCACCGCCGGCCCCUUCCCGCCCUUGCUUCGAGCCUUGCGGCCCUCCGACGAUUCCCAGGCCGCUGCCCCCGCAGACGUGCCCGGCCCAGCCGCCGGUGGUGACCGCCAGGCCCUGUUACGAGCCGUGCGGCCCGCCGUCGGUGUCCCGGCCGCUGCCCCAGCAGACGUGCCCGGUCCCUCUCCCAGCCACGCUGCCCCGCGCGCGGCAGAACCGCCCCGCGCCGCUGCCGAUGCCCCUGCAGUGCCCAGACCCGGUGCCCUGCUCCCAGGACGGCUGCCACAGCGGAGGCAGCGUGGUCUACGAACGCGUCCGGACUUACAGCAGCCCCGGCGGGAAACGCGUGCAGCUCCUGGACCCGCCCAACUGCUUGCCUCGUGCGCCCUCCCCCUUGGAGACCACCCCGGGCUGCCAGCACGUCAUCUGGAGCAGCGACCCCCCGCUGCAGGUAAAUGAUGGUUUUCCUUCCCGCCCCGUCGAAGGGCGCUGGCGUCACUCGGAGGGUUAUAGGGGGCUUGGUUUCCGACUUUACUAUUUUGGUCACCAACCCGGUUUCCUCCGUGGCUCAUUUUUCACGCGUUACGCUUAGCAAAUGCACUCCCCUCCGAGGUAAGGGCAAACGUGUCCAAAAGGGCAGUUGCAUUCAUUUUCCUCUCUUAUCAGUUUCCUUGUCCAGCAUCAUUUUAUCAAUUGGUCUUUUUAUGGGGGGGGGCAUAGGAGGCAGCUCCUUGGAGGCCGAGGUCCAUUGCCCCCCCAUAAAACAUUUGAGGGGGCUGCCCCCCAAGUUGAUGGUCAUUGUCAUUCAAAUGGUGUGUGAUUGAUCAUAUGGGGCAGGCCUUACCUGUCCCCUCCUGCCCAUAUUUUAUUCAAGUUGGCACCCUUUUUGGGGGUGGGGGAGGUUACUGAUUAGAACACAGCUGUGUUAAUCAAUGAGGCUCACCCUGAUCCCCAAGAUUAAGCACUUGCUAACUUUUGGGGGCAUAAUGUUAAACGGCAAGGAAAAUUUUUGACUCACCGCAUCCCCUUGGGUUGGUGGCUCAUCUCCCUGUCAAAUUCUGCAUUUAUAGCCUUGGUCUGUGGUGCUUUGCUUGUUGGAAAUUGUCCCUGUGAAUUCCUACCUGUGUCUUCUUCAAAUUUAAGGGCCAUUGAGUUCCAUGGGACUUAAUUCCCAGGGAGAUAUCAGUAGGAUUCAUAGAACCAUAGCUUUGGAAGAAACCUUGCGGCAUCUAGUCCAGGGGUAGGCAACCUAAGGCCCGGGGGCCGGAUGCAGCCCAAAAGCCUUCUCAAUCUGCGGACUGUCCGGGAAUCAGUGUGUUUUUACAUGAGUAGAAUGUGUCCUUUUAUUUAAAAAGCAUCUCUGGAUUAUUUGUGGGGCAUAGGAAUUCAUUCAUUUUUUUCCCUUCAAAAUAUAGUCCGGCCCCCCCACAUGGUCUGGGGGACGGUGGACCGGCCCAUGGCUGAAAAAGGUUGCUGACCCCUGAUCUAGUCCAGCCCCCUGCAAUGCAGGAAUAUGCAGCACUCCCUUAUGGGGAUCUAACCAGCAACCCUGGUAUUACCAGUGCUGAACUGUAUCCAGCUGAGCUAUCCCAUCUAAAUCAUCGGGAGGAAUCCAUUCAUAACUGCUGAAUGGUCACAGAAUAAAAAGUAUUUAAGAGCAGGGGGUUGGAUUAUAUGACCCUACCUUUCCAACGCUACAGUUCUGUGAGAAACUGCAAUCCGCUUACAACCAAUUCAGUUUCCAGUUUUCAUUGGUGACUUGACCCAAAAUAUAUUUUCACAAACACAACUUUAUUUCAGGGAUAGUGUGUGUGUGUGUGUGUGUGGUAGCUGAGUCCAUGUGCACAUUUGUAUUGGAAACGAUUCACCUCCCACAGGCAUGAGUGGGAGCGAAAAGCCCACAGGCCUUGGUAAACACAGCUGCCUGUUUGCCUAGGGAAAAGCAAAUUCUGUCUGAGCCAGAUCAUAGGGUGAAGAAGGGAAGAUAGUGUCUGUUUAUGUUGAUGCACCAACAAGAUAUAGUAAGCUGUUGACAGUGGGAAUUGUUAUUAGUAUAGAAACAUUUAUUUCCUACUUUUCCUCCAAAGAGCUCAAGAUGGCAUGCAUGAUUCUUCAUUUGGUCCAUUUGAUUUUUCCCAACAACCCUGUGAGGUAUGUUAGGUAUGUUAGACAGCAAGUGGUCCAUUGUCACCUGGUGGACUUCAUAGGUGAUGGGGAAUCAAAUCCAGUUGUUAUACUCCAGCUUCCAUAAGCCCUCACUCUCUUGGGUUGCAAACAUUGGUCUCUCCCAGCUGUACCUGGAAAUGCCAGGGAAAAGAACCUGUGAUCUUCCUCAUGCAAAUCUGAUGCUUUACUACUGAGCUAUGUCCUUUCCCCCAAAAAAAGGAGUUGAACAUGUUCUAUGACCCCCUGCUGGAUUUGUGUCUGGACACGCCUUUGGGAAAUAACUUUAGGGAACAUAAUAUUUGGUACAGAGGAAGUUCAAUUUGUUUCUCUGGAACAACUUGAAAUAUCUUUUCCUGUGAAAUGGAUAAUCUGUAUGUGUUGUGUUAUCUCCAUGGUCAGUGGACUUUGGACUAUGAUAAAAGCAAUGUAGUGUUUUCACUGAGAAGGAAAGGCAGGACAGUAAGAACAGCAUGAAAGAAAUGAGCAUAACAUAGACCAGCUUUCCUCAUUCUUCUCCCUGGAAGGCGUUGGCCGUGCUGGUCGGGGCUGAUUGGAAUUAUAGUCCAUCAACGUCAGAAGGGCACCAGGUUGGGAAAGGCUGCUAUCGGCCUUCAAGACACACUAGUUCCUUAACAUUGAAUCCGAAAUAGUUACCAGAAAGAAGACAAUCCUUAUAUCUUUGAAGGUGACUUUUUUGGUUUAUAGUAUAUUCCGAUACUAAAAAACAAUAAAAAACAAUAGGGCCAAUUUUCAUCUAGAUGUUAGAAGGCAGAACUGGGAGAGUACUGUAUGAUGAAAUUUACAAUUACUUGCAGUAGCACAAUGUUUAAAGAUUGCUCAGGGGACAGUCCAUUCAGGGUUAGCUGCAGGGCUUUGUGAUUUGCUAACUACAUCUAAAGGUUUUGCCUGCGCAACAGUUUCAUAUGCAACCACCAAUGAGGAUAAUUGGAUUCUGACUGAUCUGAACAAUUUUAUCCAAAUCUGCUUUUUCAGAAUUGCUACUGUUCAUAGGAUCAAAGGAAUCUGCCUUUUAUUGAGUCAGACCUUUGGUCCAUCUAAGCUACAGGUUGCCAACUCUACUCGCCUAGCCUGGUUUUCACAUCACGCCUAGUCAGCCAUGUCUUAGCUCAGCAGCAGAACAGCCAGGGAGGAGCGAUCGGCGUCUUGGGAGCCAGCAUGCUCUCUUGUUCAUGCUAAACCAUGGUUUGGUUUAGUGUAAUGUGUGAACUAACUGGCAGUGGCUCUCCAAAGUUUUUAGAUGGGGGGGGGGGCCUUUCCCCAGCCCUACCAAGCGAUGCCAGGGAUUGAAGCUGGGACCUUUGGCAUGCAAACCAGAUAACUCUACUGUGGCUAUUAGUUAAAAUCAGGGGGCAAGUACUCAGUAUACUGUGGAAAGUUAGUUUCUGCUAAUUCCAAAGGAAAUAAUGUUUUGUACGCUAAACAUGAUUUAAAAAAACAACAACAACUUGUGUAGGUGUGUUGUGCCACAUCAGCUUUUUGGGCUGUCCCUAUGUUGCGAGGAAGGAGGCAUGCCAACUCAAAAUGUCAGGCAGGGUAACUCCCUGCAACUGCAUUUGGUGGAUUUGUCAGAUGCAUGGGUUUUUCCUUCCUCCACAAUUGACCUUUCAGAUGGCAGCCCACUCCAUCUGGAGAAGGGGAAAUCAUGGAAGCUGGUGACUGGGGAAAGCCACAGACUUUGGUGACGUCUGCGCCAUACAUGUAAAGCACCAGGUUUCCGUGUGUGGAUGUGACUUCAGUUGUUCCCAGAGGCCAGGGGAUGGUACCUCACCAGCAGUUCUCUUGCUCCUGCCCAAGCCAUCCUUUUCCACUCCCGCUUCACAUUGCCCACCCAUUCCACCUCUGAGUAAUUCUUGGCAGCUGAAUCGUCUUAUUGCACUGAAUUCUUGUGUCAUUAAAAAAUUACACAAAGUGCAACAGAGAAGAAAGCAUGUGUAGAGUUUACAUUUGUGCUAAAUAUGGAUCUCAUGGGGAUAUAGGGAGCUGCCUUGUUCUGAGUCAGAUCCUUGGACCAUUCAGCUCAAUAUCGUCCGCACUGAUUGGCAGUGGAGAGUGUUUUCCCUCCUAGAUCUACCCAGAGCUGUUGGGGACUGAACCUAGGAUUUUUUUUUCAUGAUAGGCAGAUACUGUGCUACUGAGCUAGUCUGCAGCCUUUCUUAACAUCUUGGUGUGUUGAACCUGUCCAUCUGUAACCUCUCUCUGUACAAGCUGGGCAUGAAACAAAACCUAUCAUAGAUAUUUCAGAACCUUGCAUUUGGCAUUUAUAUCCCAUUGUCUUUGCCCCUUUUGGCCAGUACUCUGGAAGGAGAGAGUCAGCUUGCUUCUGACUGAGCAACUGGGCGUAAAUGCAGCUUGUGUAUCAUCCUGUAUAUAUUAACAGAAAAAUCAUUCUCUGGUUGUGGAUCUGUCUGAAGUCAAAGUGGCACCGUUCAAGCACAAUAAAAAGGAAGUAGCAGCAGGCUCAGUGAAAAACCCUACUGUUUGCAGAAUGAUGGCUCACUGACUCUAAGCGGGGAUGAAAAACAAGGGAGAAAGAAUGAGAUGGAUUAUCCUGGAAUAAGACAUGUCUGACAGGCUGGGACCCUGAAACAUGUGCAGUCUGCACUGUAACAUUUCAUACCCUCCAACAUUUCUCCGAUGAAAAUAGGGAUGUUGUAAGGAAAAGUGGGACAUUCUGGGAUCAAAUCAGAAACUGAGACAGCUUCAGUAAAUCCAGGACUGUCCCUGGAAAAUAAGAACAUGUGGAGGGUCUGACAUUUUGCUACAGCUCUUGCUUGUUUUCAUUCAUAGCUCUUAAUGUACUUGAACUUCAAAGAUAUAAGAAGCCAUACCUCAGUUAUCAUAGUUAUACCCAAACCACAAAAAGACCUCAAAUAAGUUGAAUCAUAAAGACCUAUUUCAUUGAUUGACAUGGAUGCUAAAUUAUUUACAGGCAUAGUAGGCUAGUAGGCAUUCAGAAAUUUUACCCAACUAUGUCCACCAUGAUGAAGUCAAAUUCAUAAGUUAAAGAUCCAUGGCCUUCCUAUUAGAGGAGUUCUCAGUACAGUGGUGCCUCGCAAGACGAAAUUAAUCCGUUCCGCAAGUCUCUUCGUCUUGCGGUUUUUUCGUCUUGCAAAGCACGGCUAUUAGCGGCUUAGCGGCUUUAAGAAAAAGGAAACAAACUUGCAAGAACUCGCAAGACGUUUCGUCUUGCGAAGCAAGCCCAUAGGGAAAUUCGUCUUGUGGAACGACUCAAAAAACGCAAAACCCUUUCGUCUAGCGAGUUUUUCGUCUUGCGAGGCAUUCGUCUUGCGGGGCACCACUGUACAAUUUUCUGAAGUCCAUAACUUACUGUUCUGCUGAUGCUGGAUGCAGUCAAGGCAUUUGAUUGUUUAGACUGGUAAUAUCUCUUUGAAAUUCUACAUUCCUUUUGUAUUAGUGCAUCCUGGGUUGAUAUGCUUUAUAAUUUUUACUAUGGGUCAGUGGUCCAAGUUUUAAUGAAUGGGGAAUGUUCUUCAACAUUUCCUAUUGACCUGGGCAUGAAGCAAGGCUGCUGACUACCUCCCCUGCUUUUUGCUCUUAUCAGUAUGUUCACAGAUGGUGUUGCACUAUUCCUUUCUGAUCCUGAAACCUUGUUACCUGCUAGAGCCAGUGUGGUGUAGUGGUUAAGAGCGGUAGUCUCCUAAUCUGGGGAACCGGGUUCGCAUCUCCGCUCCUCCACAUGCAGCUGCUGGGUGACCUUGGGCCAGUCACACUUCUUUGAAGUCUCUCAGCCCCACUCACCUCACAGAGUGUUUGUUGUGGGGGAGGAAGGGAAAGGAGAAUGUUAGCCGCUUUGAGACUCCUGAAGGGGAGUGAAAGGCGGGAUAUCAAAUCCAAACUCCUCUUCUUCUUCUUCUUCUUCUUCUUCUUCUUCUUCUUCUUCUUCUAUUAUGCACCAACUUGCUAUAUAUAGCAAGAUAUUUGGGUUCACUGAUAGCUUCACUAAAUCUGAAUUGAUACACAACCUGCCAAACCAACAACUGCAUUGGCACAAAACAACUGGCUUGAAACUCUGUAGUGCUUCUUUUAAAUACCUGAGAGAGAAUGUACUGAAUAAUCUGUCUUAACUAGAGAAAUUGAACUUUUCUCACUUGCUAAAAUAUUUAACAACUAAGCUCAAAAAUUGGUCAAAGCUCACAGUCUCAUGGUUGGGCAUAGUUUCUACAACAAAAAAGAUUCAAUUUCUGCACCUUCUUUACUUAUUCCAAGUCUUACCAGCAGCAGGGCCUUUUUUAAAAUUGGAACUCGCUGGAACUCAGUUCUGGCACCUCUCAGGUGGGUGCCAUUGCCAUGCUAAGAGAACAAGAGAGGUAGGUGUUCAUGGUGAGUUCUGGCACCUCUUUUUCUAGAAAAAUAACACUGCCAACAAGCAUACCUGUCUCUCAUGUGAAUAAUUGGCAAAAAAUAAUACUGAAUUUUAUUCAUGCAAGCAAGAGGCCUCGGCUACCUCAUAAAACCCUUUAAAAGGUCAAGAAAGAAGUAUAGCAAUGCCUAACCUCAAAUGGCAAACAACUAAUAAGCUCUGUUCUCCUUGUAUGGGUAUGUUUUGUUAUUUGAAAUUAAAAAGCAAUUAAAAAGAAAAGAAAAGAAGGCCCAUGCUAUAUAUCCUGUGAGGCCCAGACAGAGCUAAUAUUAUAAUCUGUGUUAUGUUUCUGCAUUGCAAUGGUAAUAUCUAAUCCCAGUUAUCAAACCGAAGGCCCUUCAUCAUCAGCACUGAUGACCCUAGAGAGAUACACACUUUGGUGAUGUUCAUAACAUAGGGUUGUUUGCAACUAAGUUCUGCUCCGAGUAGAACUAUUGAAAUUAAUGAACCUGGUCAUGCUCAUGAAUUUUAACGGAUCUGCUCUAAGCAUUGCAUACAAUGUUUAAUGCAUGGGACGUAUGAAAAUGGCAUUGCUUAGUACACUAAUCCCAUUCAGAUAAAUAGGAUCUGGCUUGCCUGCAUUGCACCUGGCAAUGUGGUAGGUACAGUUUAUGCCUCUGGCUCAUUAACCGGGAACUAGUCUAGGGCACUUGGAACUACUUCAUUUAUGCUGUGUACAAAAACAAGGAGCAGAAAACAAGAAAACAAGGAGCUUUUAACCCUUCCCCAUCUUUGCCAUUGACAAAGCUGACACCAACUUCAAUGCUGAUUUAAUCAUUGUCACUGUUGAACCUUCCCUCCAUGCAUUAGGUGUCUGCCUUUUUCUUGAAGAUCAUUUGGCAACUUUUAAAACACGCACACAUAUACUAUUUGCUCUAGACUGAAGGAAUGGGUUUGUGGCAUCACAGGUACCGGCCAGUCAGUGCUCAGCCAGCUCCUAAAAACAGACAAAACCUGUUUCCCCAGCUCAGUCUUGGAGACAAGUCUGAAACAAAAUGCAGCAGGUGUGUUUCUAUGGCUACUAAAAUAAGUUUAGUUUUCCUGCACCCUUAAGAUGAAGUGUUGUCUCGGAGAGUUCUUUGUUUAUGCUCUUCUGUUGUGUCUGGAAAAAUCCUCACCCGGUCACCCGGGUGUCUAAAAAUUCUAUGAAUUUGAAACUUUCUGCUCCCCCAACCCUUUUGUCGCAUUCUGAUCUCUGCACCCAGAGAGAGAGAUUUAUAGAAAAUCAAUAUUUCUGGUUGGCCUUUGUCACUGGAGCUUAAAAUGCCAGAGUUGAACAUUUUUUGACAUUCUAAAAACUGAAGAUGAAUGCUCUCUCAUUACAGAAGUAGUAAAGGUCAUCCUGAAUCUAGUUUCUGCUUAUCUGAAAGAGAGCAUUUGAACAGAAAUCUUGUCAGUGCUAUAGACUCAAUAUAUCAAAACUCUUUUAGCACAAACUAUGGUUUAUAUAUCAGACCUAGUCAUAUCUUGUAGAUGUUUCCUUACUGUCAUAAGGAACUUACAGCACGAUCAAUAAAUAAGUCCCAAUGUAUUCAUUGAGGGUUCCUCCCUAAUAUGUUUACUUAGAAUCACAGCCUUAAUUUAUGAGUGUUUUUCCUACUUUGUAAGUUUUCCUUAUUGAUAGUACACACAAUAUUAUUACUGGGGAGAGGGCUGUAGCUCAGUGCUAGAGCAGCUGCUUUGCAUGUAGAAGGCUCUAGCUUCAAUCCCUGGCAUCUUCAGGUAGGGCUGCCUAAAACUCCGGAGAGCUGCUACCAGUCCGUGUAGACAAUACUGAGCUCAAUGGACCAAUUGUCUGACUCAGUAUUAGGCAGCUUCUGUGUUCCUAAUUUAUCUUAUUAUUGCUCCUAAUAUGCAUUAUAAGGCAGCUUCCUAUAUUAAUAACAAUAAUAGAAUCUCAUUGCAGCUAAACUUGUGACACCUCAGGACCAACCCAAAACAUUUUGCGGUCUAGAGCAGAGAAGCAAAUGGCACCAACCGUCCCCCCAGCUCAAGGUACACCUUGAGUGCCCAGGUGCCCAAGGCCAGCCUAUUCAUUUUCAUGGCUGAGAUGGAAAACCCACAAGUCCUCCUCUUGGGGAGUAAACAACAGCAAUUCAAAGAAGUAGCAAUUUGCUGCCUUUUCACGAGCCCCAAAAAUCAGCUGCCUGAGGCAACUGUUAUGUACUGAAGUUCUCACCCUGGGCCAGCAGGGGGAUACUGUAGAUAGUUUUCACUCAGGUCCACAUAUGCAAAUAAGGAAUUGAAAGUGAUGUUCAGUGAUUGGAUAGUUACAGAAAGUUGUUACUGUUGCUUUGUAGUUGAGCUCUAUAUAAGCAGGUUGGCUGAACCCUUCAGCCCUGUUCUGUUCUGGGCCUGUGAAUAAACAAGAGCUGUUUGAAGAAUCGCUGUGUCAUCUGAUAUGUUUACCCACAACUUAACAGUAACCAUCUCACUCCAUCUAAUGGUAGGGGCGGCCCUAAUACAUUGCAUAUAGACACUAGCUUGUGGCGCAAAGCCAAAACUAACACUUAUUGCUCUACCGGCUUUUGCCCUUAGUCUCCGUAUGAUGAGUGAAGUGUGUGCUUCUCAUCUACCAGAACUCCAAAGCCCAGGCCAUUCACAAGUAUAUGGCCCUUUGAAGGUUGCAGAGAAGUUCAGUGCUGAUGGCUGCAGCUCUUAAAUGUUGAUUGGUCUGACCUUUCUGUCUGAGCUCCUGGGCCUUAUAAUGUUUGCAUGGCAAGGAUAAAUCAACCCGGGAAACUUUCUCAAGUGUUUGCAGAGGCACAGAAGAAUGCAAGAAAGAGAGAUAAAGGGGUGGGGGAUGGCGGCAAAAAAGAUGCCAACCCAACAACCAGAAUCAUAGAGUUGGAAGUUGCCACGUGGCUCAUCUAUCCCAACCCCUUUCAAUGCAGGAAUAUUUUGCCCAACAUGGGGCUCAAACUGACAACUCUGAGAUUAAGAGUCUCAUACUUUACUGACUAAGCUGUCCUGUGUGUCUGUCUUCUUUAGACCACACUAGUAAUAAUGCCUCUGGCCCUGCCCACAAUUGAUAUGUGACCCUGGAAAGAUGGAAAAUUUGUCUCCCAUCCCUGUCUUAACUGCCAUUUCUCAGGAUGGCAACCUGUUUGAACAUCACUUUCUAUCAAUCCCCAAUUGAAGGCAUAUUGCAUGUUUGCAAUAUGCUAUUGCCAGAAAAGAUGGUUCAUUUGAUAGGUAACUCACAGAAUGUUACCUGUCAUCUGGGGAGGAACUGAAUGCCAUCAGCAUUAACUGGCUCCUGAGUUUCCACAAAGUGUACAUGGUCUACUCGGGAGGAGAGGAUUGGGAAGGAACAGUUUGAAGUGGUUGCAGGUGAGGGAUCUGCUCCAUGCAUUGGCAACGUUAUUCAGCCAGGUCAAAAUUGAAAUGAAAGGAGUGGAAUGCGAGUCUCAAAGCUCAGAUAUGUUGUCCAACUAGUAGUGCCAGAAAAAUCUCUCUCAAGAGCAGGGGAGGUCAUCGGUUUGGAGUGUCUGUUCUACAUAGUCAGACUGCUACUUUCUUUACCGUUUUGAAGGCAGUCAGUGUACAACUAUCUUUGGAUUAUGUCAGUUUCGAAAACAAGUUGGGGACCAGGUGCUCAGAUGCUUGGAGCCAAAAAAACUAUAAUGCAAGGAAGAGAAAGGAAAGACUAGUUUAUCAAAGACAGGGUUUUGUUUUGUUUUCCAUGUGAGGGAGCAUUUAGUACAAGGAUGACCAGGACUGGCCAAAUACAUUUUGGUACCCGAGGCGUACCACAAAAUGGUGCUGCCCUCCCUGUCAGAGAAGAAAGGAUGUGUGAAGACCUACAUCAGGAACAAAGGGGGAAUAAAGAACAUUGGGUUCUGCUGCCUCUGUGGUCACCUCACCUUGCCUCACGAGUGGGCUGGCCCUGGGAUGGCCAACAUGGAGCCCUCCAGAUCUUGAUGGGCUACAGUUCUCAUCAUCCCAGACCAGCAACUAUGCUGGCUGGGGCUGAUGGGAGUUGUAAUCUGAUGUCAUGUGGAGGGUGCCAGGUUGUCUACCACUGAUUUAAUAAUAUAACCCUGCUGCUACCUUGCGUCUUGAAGUGAUGCAGUUCCAGAAGAUUUGUAUGUUUUACAUAGGAAUGGGCAAACUUGCCCCUUGGAAAACAUAAUUGUCUCACUAUUUGCCAAAACCCACAGUAUAUACUCAGCUGAAUGUUUGCCAUCUCCCCAGAAUCCUGUAAUAUUUUUUUUUGCAUGAGAGAGAGAGAGACCCAGAGACCCAUGCUUGUUACAGACCUGCUCAUUUUGAAACCGAUUAAAUUUGACCUUCGAACCAUUUUUGAGUUUGGGUAGUAUUGCUAGUUUUACAUGGGUGGGCUUGCUCUAGGGUGUGCAUGCUGCCUCCUUGGUUCUGCCUUGGUUUUUUGAACCUGCCAUGUUGUUGAUCCACCCCUCAGACCUAGGCUCCCAUUAAUACAAAAGAGAUGAUCCCAUCCACAUGUGGAAAGGACAUGGAAGGCAACGGGGCCACAUGGGCUAGCACCGCCAACAUGCCUCGUGAAUGCACCUCCAUUCCUUCAAAUCGUGCCAUUCAGACUCUGCUCUGAAUCUGUGGGAGGAUUAGCUGCUGGGCAUGGUGGUGGAGGUCUUUGUGAGGGUAGCCCACAAGCUCCCCCUCAUGGGCUGUUUCAAUGACGGGAGGUCAUUAGAGAGUUAAACCAAUGCAUAUUAAUUCCCUAACAUUCUUUGGGAGUGUUGCAGUGCUUGGAUGGAACAGCCGAGCCUGAUGGAAUCAGCUUUGUGAGAGAGGCUGCCUCUGCCUGCUCAGUUGUGAUCUCUACCUGUUAGGCAAACCUGUUAAACAGAACAUGAUGGGCUGCAUUCUGCCAUUUGCAGUCUGAGGGGCGGUGCAGCAGCCUGAGCAGGAAUUGCCAUCUUCCCAGCUGCCCAGAGAGUCUUGAUUCCCUCACACUGCAGGGGCUUUCUUCAUUGGCUGUAGAGAUUGUCUGGACAGGUAACUUCCUGGUUUGUUUGGAGGAGCCAUUUUCAAUGGAGUCCAGUGACGGAAGCUGCACUGAGGCAGUACUGGGUGCUGAAAUUCUGUGCCCCCUAACCAUUUUGUGCCCGGGGCACACUACACCACUGGCAGGGCAGGGGCAGGGCAUCCUUUUGGUUCCAUGGGCCCGUUCCUUAUGGGGAUUGGGCUUCCGGGCUAAAUCUGAAUGGUGCAAGGUGCUACUAAAAAUAAAUUUAUUCCCCUUCAUUUUAGCAGGGGGUUGAGAUGCAAACCGCUCCUUUAAUCACCCAGGAAUGGGUCUGCCGGGAAUCCUGCAGAACUGCUCAGAUGGCUGCCCUGGGAACAGGCACACAUAGUCAACGCAGGAUUUAACCUCUCCCUCCUUCCCAUUAGGUGACAUCAUAAGUAAUGGCAGCUGAUGGGCUGGGCAAUAUCUGGUUUUCAACAUCACAAUAUAUCACCCGUUAAACAUUGCGAUAUUUCAGUAUAUCAUGAAAUCUGAAAUAAGGCUGGAGCUAUGUAGAGGUGAACCUGGUAAUGUCCUGGCAACUGGUACUUAUCGGUCUAGCUCUAAAACCGAUAAGUUUUUACUUAACAUAUGGUUACAAGUGUUCUGUUAUAGUAGUACUGUACCAAUAAUAGCACAUUUUCUUUAAAAUUAAAUCUGUAGAAGUAAUUAGUAGCAUAGAUAUCAAAGGUUCUGUUGCAAUUUGUACCAAUUUGCUUCUCCUGCAGGAGGCAGAAGGAAGGUUGUCAAUGACUGCUAACCGGUUCCCAAAGCUCUGUUUGGCGAUAUCUGCUGGGCGAUAUUUUAGUCAGCCUGCUGUAGUGAUUUGUAGGUGUUUCAUGUUGUUGCAGGAGGCAGGAAGAGCUGACUGAGGUGGAAUUACGAGCAAGGGCUGCACACACAGGAAGAAGCAUCGGCUUCCUGGUUUUUCAAGUAUUGCGAUUUUUUAAUACCACAGACACAAUAUACCAUAUUGGCCUUAAAAUAAGCCACAUUUUCCCCCAAAUUCCAACCAUGAAAAGUUAAAGUGCGAUUUCAGUUUGUGACAAAAAUUGGCUUUUAUGAUAUUGCUGCUGAAACAGACAUACAGUAAAACAGAACAUUUGCCAUUUACAGGUGUGAGUGCCUGCAGAAUUUCAAGGGAGCGGCUUAUAUUCGGGAAUUGUAUUUUUUUCUCUCCCCCCCCCAAUGAAUUUUAAAGGCGCGGCUUAUUUGCAGGUGCGGCUUAUAUUCGUGCCAAUAUGGUACGAUAAAUUGCAAGAUCAUUUUUUAAAAAACGGUUAUCACGAUUUGAUCUAAAACUCGAUAUCAGACAAUAUAUCAAUUUAUACCACAGCCCUAAUGGGUGGGUGGCUGUGGUUGGGAGAAAAUUGACAUGUGGGUCAACUUGGUGUUGCUGGUGGGUCAAGAUUCAUUCCCAGGCUUUGUGGUAAGGCUAGAGAAAUCUACACUGAGUAAACAGAUAAGACUCCCCUUCUAAUCUAGUUUGGCCUUAAGUGAUCUAACUUUUUCAUAAAUUCCGUUUGCAAAAUUCUGAUGGUCAUUAGACAUUUUCUGUUACAAUCAUAUGUGGGACUCAGUCCCUCCUGUGAAAUAGCUCUUAGCUGACUGGAAUCAGGUUUGGCAAAAUUGAAGCCUUCCUUACUUUGGGAAACUGGCAAGCAUCUUCCUAGUUCAGAGAAACACCCCGCAGGGCUUCUUAAGUAUCUUAUUCUCUACAGGAUUUGGAAACCCAUCCUUAUAAAUCUCCAAAGAUUAGACUUUGAUUCAACUUUAAUAUCUUCUUUCAUUCCCCGCAACCAAUAUGAGCUUGUGGGCCGAUACGAGACGGGUUCAAUAAUUUUUGCAGCUUACUCUGCUUAAGCUGAGAAGCUUAAAAGUAUGACUUCUUUAUUUCCCAGGCCCCUGAGGCUACAGGCCGCUGUCUGGGCAAGUUUAUGAGGAUCUGCUGAAAACUGUUUGCUUUGAGAAUAUGAAUGAAAUGUUUAUUGUUAUUGUUAUUAUUAUAAUAAAAAAAACCUGAGUGUGAUACAAGCUGUGUACACACCAUACAUUUAAAGGACAUGGCUACCCCUAAAGAAUUUGGGAACUGUAGUUUGCACCUAACAGAGCUAUGAUCCUCAGCUUCCUUAAACUACAGUUCCCAUGAUUCUUUUGGAGAAUUGGCCACAGUUUGAAUUUAAUAUGAUGACUGACACCUAAUUUGGCCAGUAGGGCAGUUUAGAGCAGUGGACUGGAGAACUGGGUCGUGCUUCCAUUUAAUCUUUUAGCCCUUCCAGAAGUCCUUUUUCGUGUGUCCUCAUGAUGCUUUGUGCUCGUGAUGGUAUCAAGGCGGUUAUGGGCACUUCUGCUUUCAAGACUCUUUGCACCUGCAGAAGUUUUGGGGUGGAUGUACUUUGUUGGUUCCUACCAGUGUAUGUCCCGUGAAUUGCUCCCGAAAUCCUGUAAUUUUUAAUACCACAAAUGAGGGUUGUUGUUGUUUUGUCCUGGGCUGUUGUUGUGCCAUAGUGCAAGGGUCCUGCUCUAGAUGCAGUAAUGUUGGGGGACCAUCACAGAACAACUAAUAAAGCAGAAUGAUGUGUGGACAGUCUGGUACAAACCCAUUACUAAUGCACUAUGGUUGUGCUAGUUCCAUGUUGCAGAAUAUACCCGAAAAAGUUAAACACAGAAAAUGAAGUCAGUUAUAAGGAGGAGGUGGCCAGACUGGUUCUUUGAUUCUGGUGGUGGGAAACCUGUAGACCUCCAGAUGUUGAUGGGCUACCAACUCCCAUCAUCCCUGGACAUUGACCAUCCCAACUGGGGUUGUUGGAAGUUGCAGUCAAACAACUUCUGGAGGGCUGGGCUGUAACUCCCAUCUUCUCAGACCACUGGCCCUCCUGGUUGGGGCUGGUGGCUGCUGCAAUUUAGCAUCAUCUGGGGGGGGCACAGGCCCCCACCCCUUCUGAAGCCCUUAAGAAGCAUUGGCGGAGGUGGAAGGCAGCGGUCAAAGCCAGGGUUUGGUUCAUCCUUUGUUGCCACUUGUCUGUCCCCGAUAUGCAACCACUGGAACAUACAUCUUGUAAUUUAUAAUGGUUAAAGCAAUUCCAAUUACAGAUCACCUGCAACUUACGCGUGUUUAACAUGUGCAGUUUCAACUUUACGCAGUUUGCUUACCAGGCUCUGGGAGGCUCUCAUGAGAUCUUAGAUGGUCCCACAAGUUCUCACACAGGAACCUCCAAGAGCUGAGAAGGCAAAGCUCUCUGCCUUGCGUUAAAAUUGCUCGCACUGGGGUGGUUCAAAAGGGGUGAUUUGAGUAUACACACUUUUGCAUAUGGGCGUCAUCCCUGGAAAGUAACACCUGCACAAGGUGCAAGUUACCUGUAUAUCAUUUAAUAAUAAUAAUAAUAAUAAUAAUAAUAAUAAUUUAUUAUUUGUACCCUGCCCAUCUGGCUGGGUUUCCCCAGCCACUCUGGGCGGCUUCCACAGAAACCAAAAAUACACUAAAAUAUCACACAUUAAAAACUUCCCUGAACAGGGCUGCCUUUAGAUGUCUUCUGAAUGUCAGGUAGUUGUUUAUUGCUUUGACAUCUGAUGGGAGGGCGUUCCACAGGGCGGGCACCACUACCUUGAAGGCCCUUGACGGUCUUGACUAUGCUACCACUCAGUGGAUUUGUAACUGGCUGACUGACCGAACCCAAAGGGUGCUCAUCAAUGGUUCCUCUUCAUCCUGGAGAAGAGUGACUAGUGGGGUGCCACAGGGUUCUGUCUUGGGCCCGGUCUUAUUCAACAUCUUUAUCAACGACUUGGAUGAUGGACUCAAGGGCAUCCUGAUCAAAUUUGCAGAUGACACCAAAUUGGGGGGGGUGGCUAACACCCCAGAGGACAGGAUCACACUUCAAAACGACCUUGACAGAUUAGAGAACUGGGCCAAAACAAACAAGAUGAAUUUUAACAGGGAGAAAUGUAAAGUAUUGCACUUGGGCAAAAAAAUGAGAGGCACAAAUACAAGAUGGGGGACACCUGGCUUGAGAGCAGUACAUGUGAAAAGGAUCUAGGAGUCUUGGUUGACCACAAACUUGACAUGAGCCAACAGUGUGACGCAGCAGCUAAAAAAAGCCAAUGCAAUUCUGGGUUGCAUCAAUAGGAGUAUAGCAUCUAGAUCAAGGGAAGUAAUAGUGCCACUGUAUUCUGCUCUGGUCAGACCUCACCUGGAGUACUGUGUCCAGUUCUGGGCACCACAGUUCAAGAAGGACAUUGACAAACUGGAACGUGUCCAGAGGAGGGCAACCAAAAUGGUCAAAGGCCUGGAAACGAUGCCUUAUGAGGAACGGCUAAGGGAGCUGGGCAUGUUUAGCCUGGAGAAGAGGAGGUUAAGGGGUGAUAUGAUAGCCAUGUUCAAAUAUAUAAAAGGAUGUCACAUAGAGGAGGGAGAAAGGUUGUUUUCUGCUGCUCCAGAGAAGCGGACACGGAGCAAUGGAUCCAAACUACAAGAAAGAAGAUUCCACCUAAACAUUAGGAAGAACUUCCUGACAGUAAGAGCUGUUCGACAGUGGAAUUUGCUGCCAAGGAGUGUGGUGGAGUCUCCUUCUUUGGAGGUCUUUAAGCAGAGGCUUGACAACCAUAUGUCAGGAGUGCUCUGAUGGUGUUUCCUGCUUGGCAGGGGGUUGGACUCGAUGGCCCUUGUGGUCUCUUCCAACUCUAUGAUUCUAUGAUUCUAUGAUUCUAUGACUCUGCCUGGUUCCCUGUAGCUUGCUUCUUGCAAUGAGGGAACUACCAGAAGGCCCUCGGCACUGGACCUCAGCGUCCGGGCAGAACGAUGGGGGUGGAGACGCUCCUUCAGGUAUACUGGGUCUAUUUAAACAACAUAGUGUUUCUUGGAAGAGUCUUAAGCAAAAGACAGGCCUCUGCCCUGAUAAUUUAGGUUUUAGAUUCUGGGCACUGAAGAGAGAGAUGAGAAAAGGUGAAGGGGCAUAGCUCAGUCGUGGAGUAUCUACUUUGCAGGAAGGAGUUUACAGGUUCAAUCCCGGGCGUCUCCAGGUGGGGAUGGGAGAGAACCCUGCCUUGAAACUCUGGAGAGCAAAGGUCCUGAGCAGAGGUCUUUCACAUUUCCUGUGACUUGGUCCUUUGAAUGGGAGAAGCCAAGGACUGAACCUGCGACCUCCUGCACUACAAGCUUGUGUGCUACCAUUGAGCUUGGAGGCAUUGUCAACAAAGUUCCUGCACCCAACUUUAGCUUACUUUACUUAAUGCAAACUUUUAUCAUCAUAACUGGAAGAACUGUGGGAGGCAGAGAGGGAGGGAGGGAGGGAGGGAGACAACUUUGUACCUCUGUGGCAAGUCAGCAACACUCCUACCUUUGCGGUUUUCUAAUUUAUAAUAAUUGGCAUUUAGUUAAGAUCCUUUUCUGCAGCGAAUUAUUGUUCUGACUCAUCUGUUAUAGGAGGCAGCUUGAAAAGUUGCUCCAGGCUUUUCGCACAGUGUGUGUGUGUUUGCUUGAGAGAGAGAGGUGCACUAAUUCUGUGCAUGAGAUCAGUUGACCUACUUUGAAAUGGCUGUUAUCUAAUAAGGGACCAUGCCUUCUUGCAAAAUAUAUAUGCAACAAACAGGGUCCUUGCUUUUAAACAAUAGUUUGAUGGUUGGAAUGAGUCAUGGCAGCAUAAAGAAUAUCAAAUCUAAUUUGGGGGCAUGAUCCAGCCAACGUUAAGCAAUGGAGAAGCAUCACAGAACAAAUUAAAACUGGGGGUGGGGAAUCCACCACUAUUGCACUAUUAUUGUAUCAAGAACACAGAAUCAUAGAGUUGGAAGGGGUUCCAAGGGUCACAUAGUCCAACCCCUGAAAUCCAGGAAUCUCAACAUGUGUGUUGCAGAAUAUACCUACAACCGUGGUCUUGUCAGCACCAUUCUCUAACCAACUGAGCUAUCCAACAAGGCUUGGAGGGGCCCUAAAGCUGCUCUCAAUAGGUUUAUCAGUUUGCAUAAGAAAUGCAACUCCUACUUUCUGGUUGUGUCAACUUAUUUUCAUCACUGAAUUUGCAAACUGAUUUCUGUACAUAGCCAAGAAAUGUAUUGCAGGGUAAUGCUCUUUUUACAACAGCCCUUAAGCAGCAAUCCUUUCUACCAGAAGUAGAGGUGAAUGUGUCAAAUCCACACAUUCCCAAACAAUAUGAGAGCCGAAGUAUACCCAUCCUUGGAAAUCUGCACAUACCCAAAUUUUGUGAUGCAGUUCUUCCAACUAAGCAAUUUUUACAAAAGGGAUAUUUUAGGGGAAAGUGUGCUUAACAAAUAUAUUAGCGGAAAUAGCAUGACAAAAUAUUAGCAACAACAACAAAAAAUGCUUGCAAAAAUUACUCGAAACUGUGUGACACAUAAAAUUGUUUAUUACAAGACGUUUGCACUAAAAUCCUGGUGAAUUUUUUUGUAAUGCAAAUUGCUGUAGAAAGAUGAAGAAAUGAAUUUAAUAUUGGAACAAUGAGAAACAGACAAACGAAACUGACAGCACCUUCAAUCCCUAACCAGGAAUACCCAACAUGGCGCUAUUGAUAUGCUUUUGUUACUUAUUUCGUAUAUUUAUAUACCACUUAAUUUUUAAAACAGUCUUAAGCAGUUUACAAAAUGACAAAUGCCGUGUAGUGGUGCCUCAGGUUACGAACUUAAUUCGUUCCGGAGGUCCGUUCUUAACCCAAAACCGUUCUUAGCCUGAGGCGUGCUUUCGCUAAUGGGGCCUCCUGCUGCCGCCGCUGCGCGAUUUCCAUUCUCAUCCUGGAGCGAAGUUCUCAACCUGAGGUACUACUUCCGGGUUAGCGGAGUUUGUAACCUGAAGAGUUUGUAACCCGAGGUACCGCUGUAUGUUUGUUUGAAUUGUAUAUACAAAGACAUUGAGAAACUACAAUAUAAAUACAAUGCAGUACAAUAUUAAAUGAUAACAAAGUAAUAAUUACAAUAAUGAUAACAAAGCAAAAUUAUAGCAGCAUAUUUUGAAAACAACUUUAGAAUCAAGGGCCCUUUCCUUCCGCUGCCUUUCUUUUGAUAAGGCACACCCUGAUUCACAAAAUGCAACAUUCACCCACUAACAGUUACACAUCACAUGCCCAAAUUCUGCCAUGCAUUUACACAAAUCACGCAGUACCUACUUCUCACGCUGGCUGGAGCUGAUGGUGGUUGGGGUCUAACAAUAUCUGUAAGGCAUCAUGUUUGCUACCCCUCCUAUCUCACUGGGAGAAAGCUGCACUGAACUUAGUGGGGCUUAGCGUCGAAAUCAGAGCUUUCCAAACUCUGUGUUGCAACACAUUUGUGUCGGCUGUGUGUAAGUGUAUCAUGUGGAUGCUCCCCAUGCUCCUCCUGGGGCUGGAAAGGGGUUAGUUUAACCUCCGGUUUGCUAGUAAAACUGAAUUACUGUGUUGUGAAAUGAUGCAUGUCUAAAAAGUGUGUCACCAACAUGAUAAGUUUGGAAAGCACUGGUCUAAAUGGAUAUGCAUAGGGUAGUGCUGUUGACCAACUGCUAAGGGGUAAUCUGCUUGCUUGGUUUCAAGGAAAGGCACUGAGGAUUCCACUCCCCUUAGAGGAGUUCUAUUUUACUGCACAGCCAUACAGUAUUAAAUGUUUAACUUCUCUCUUCCCUACAGGAAGUCCAAUCUCCGUCCUUGAAAUUGUCUCCUUAUUCCCAAGGCAGUGUCCGAAGGGUUAUAUUGGAGAAUCCUGGCCAGGUAAGAAAACUUUGUUGCUUUCAUAAUGGUUAGGUAAAGGUAAAGGGACCCCUGACCAUUAGGUCCAGUCAUGGCUGACUCUGGGGUUGCGGCGCUCAUCUCGCUUUAUUGGCCGAGGGAGCCGGCGUACAGUUUCCGGGUCAUGUGGCCAGCAUGACUAAGCCGCUUCUGGCAAACCAGAGCAGCGCACGGAAACACUGUUUACCUUCCCGCCAGAGCGGUACCUAUUUAUCUACUUGCACUUUGACGUGCUUUCGAACUGCUAGGUUGGCAGGAGCAGGGACCGAGCAAUGGGAGCUCACCCCGUCGCAGGGAUUUGAACCGCUGACCUUCUGAUUGGCAAGCCCUAGGCUCUGUGGUUUAACCCACAGCGCCUAUUCUCCAAAAGCUGGGUCCAAGCUGUUACUGGGGUUUGGCAUGGUUUGAUAUACUUUUGCAAAAUUUAAUACUCAGACAGGUUCAUUCAAAUACUUAUAUUCCCUUUCCCUUUCAGCUUUUUCCUUUUGUGCCAGUAGCAGUGAAUUCAGGCUCACUAGCAGAGGGAUUUAGGAUUCCCUCAAAACAAUCUGAAAUCUGAAAAUUUGUCACUGCCUUGAAUUAAUCUGAGAUCUCAUUUAGCAUGUCAUAUUUAUUAGUAAAACAAAAUGAAAAAAGAAAAGAUAACAACCAUGACACAUUAACCUUUAUAUGUUAUAUAUGUUUUUCAAAUAGUCAAAAGUGGUUGAACUGAAAAUUUUGAUUAAAAAGCAAUCAACAAGGCACACUUUGCAGAACAUUCCUAUGCAUGUUUACUCAGAAACAAAUUCCAUUGUUUCCAGAAGGGCGUCUUCUCAGGAAAGUAUGUCUAGCAUUGCCAUCUAAGGCUACAGUCCCAACUCCAGUUUCCUGGGAGUAAACCCCAUUCAAUUCAAUGGGACUUACUUCUGAAUAGACACAGUUAGGAUUGCAGCCUUAAAAAGCGGUGCAAAGAAACCCAGGCUUUACUUGGAAGUUAAUUUCAUUGAAAUAACUUGUAAACAUUUUUUUUUUAAAUGUUUAUUAAAUAAAGCUUUCUACACUGAUAUUUAGCCACUAAAGCGCCUAGGGAAAUCAAUAGCAAACAAAACAGUCCUCAAAUUUUCAGUCACAACAGGAAAGGAAAAAAAGAUGAGGAGAAAUCAAAAGAAGGAAACUCAGGCAUCAGUGUGUAGAGUUAUCAAGUUCCUAUGAUGACCAGCUUGAAAAUAAGCUGUUCAGAGAGAGGAAGGCCCAAUACUGUUUUCUUGACUCUUUCUUUUGUAGCCUGAUGGAGUAUCUGUGGCUAGAUGACAGUUGUGGGGGUUUCAAAUGAAGCUGAGCCCUCAAGUGAACUGAGGGUGUGGACCCUGCUUCCCAUCUCUCCCUUCACUUCAGCCUGAUUGAAUGGAUACUACUAGGUGGCAGUUAAGGGAGAGGAGGAGCCAAAUGCUAACUAAACUCGUAGCAGAACCAAUGAAGUGGAUCUUGCUUCUCUCUCUCUCAGCCAGAUGGAGUGUUUUAAAUUGAGGAGGAGAUCCUCAGGCCUUUAGCCCAUAUCUCACCCUCAGCAAUCUCCUGAGGCCACACCCCUCACUACCAAUGCCCCUUGCUUGCCUGAACAGAGGAUGGAGAGUAGAAAGAGGCUUUGUGUACAUAUAGAACUUCCUGGCUCUUGUGUGGGUGAAAUGUAACCUAAAGAGAAGAGUCAUAUCCAUUGUUCUGCCUACAUUCCCCACUGGUGCCUCCCACUGCUAGAAGGUGGCCCCCAAAAGACUUCCCAUGGGGGAAUGUGGCCUUGGACUUGGUUUUAAGUCAUGGCGACUCACUUUCUGUUAUUUUGCUUUUUAAGAAAGCUGAAGCUGCUAAAAAUUCCUCCAAACAUUAUUAUUUUUUGCCUGCGUAGAGAGCUCUGUACAUAAAUAUACGCGCUCCCUAGGGAUAGUCUCAUGAGAAAAAAGUUAAUUACAACUUUGAUUUUUGUUUUCCCCCUAAUCGCCCAAUUUAACUAUUGUUGUAUCUGUUCAUUAUGUUACCAGUUAAUUUUAUGAAACAAUGCAUUUCUUUAAAAUAAUGAAUUCCCCCAAUUCCCGCAGAAAAAAACAAACCCCAGCAUCAGGAAACGGUCCUGAGGGGAAAAUGUUCUGCUCAAUAUCGCUGCACUCCAACUUAACAUCUCCAUCUGGAACUCAAAUAGAGACAGCCUCUUUUAUUUCUUAGUUGCUGCUGAUGAUUUGAAUCACACAAGUGCUGUUAUGCAAACGUGUAAUGGUUGUUUUAUAUUUGCAGGAGCCCCUGUCUCCACUUCUAAGAGAUGGAAAUAAGGUGAUAUACGAAAAGACAAUAAGAAAAUAUGAACUGCUAAAUCCAGAUCAGGUAAGUGUCCCUAGCUUUUAAGAGGAACCCUCACCAGAAAACCCCCCAAACUCAUAACAUUCAAAAGUAGUUUUCUCAGAUCUAAGGAUUGCUGUCAGGAGCCAAUAAGAACAGAGCUAAGUUUAAGUUGUCUGAAUCCCUAAAUAGAUCUCCUACCCUCUCCCCUUUCACCAUUGUUUGAUCUUCUGGACACAAAGAAGCACCUGUUUCUUUUCAGACUUUUCAGUCCUGCCUUUGCAAUGAACACUGUCCCUGCGACAGAUGAAUGGAAACCUUUUUAAAAGACUGAAUGGAUAGUAUUGUUUUUGAAAUCCCUAUUUCCCCCAGGAGUAUAAUGUUCCAGGGAAAUACUUUUUCGGAGUUUGUUUCCUUGUGGGGAAAAGGGUACUGGAGGUGUAUUUUGAAUAUCUAUCUAUUUCCACACAUGCAAGUUGAGAAGGGAAGUGUAGAUGGACCAUUCUAACCUUGAAAGAAAUAUAAGUCACCCUACAAAAGCAAUACAUAUGUCCUAGGGAGUCCCCAAAGGCAAUCGCUUUUCAGGUAGCUGCAAAAUCUCAAGUCAGGAAGGUAGGUAGGUAGGCAGGCAAAGUUUGAAGGAGUAGGUUGGAAUGUAGACCCAGGCACAGAAACAAGCCUAGAGACCUAAACCAGUAGUUUCAGCACUUGAAAAGGAGCUUGAAUUUCUCAGCAGCCUUGCUUAAUAGUUCCAGUAGCCAAGGAAGCCUCAACUGGUCAGAGCUAGGGUACUAAAAUAGCUUUCAUCAGCCUGGUGCACUCCAGAUGUUUUGGAUAAGAAUUCUCAUCAUCCCCAGCCAGUGAAUCCAUGCUGGCUGAGACUGAUUGGAGUUGUAGUACAAAAAAUUUGGAGGGCACCAGGUUAGCAAAGGCUGCAUUAAAACAACACUGGCCAAGAAGAUACAGCCAGUAAGAACUAAUCACCAGCUUUUGAACUAGAAGUAGAGUCUUGAAUUCCUAGCUUUUACAGCACCAAAUGUUUAAUGAAGCCUACUACAGAGCAGAGAAAAUGUUUGCAAUCUGGGAUGACCACAUCAGAGUCUUCAGAGUCUGUAUGUUGACCAGGAACCUACAUGUAUUUGGCUCCAGCACCAAUCUGGCCAAAAGCCAGAAGCAAGAGAGCAAGAAAAUUUGGUCUCAACUAGUGUUUUUGCAACAGAGGCAACCUGAAGACUGGCAUCAAAGAUGACAGUGGUGGACGUUUUCCAACCCUUCCCCCUAGCUCAGCUAAUCUGACUCCACAUCUUAAAGAUUACGAUGCCUACAAAGUGAUUGAGUUCCAGGUUGCUUAAGCAAGUACGCAGCUGCAUCAUCUUGACGCCCCCAUAGAGCUCCUCCUGAGCUGAAUGAGCAAAACUCAGGUCAGGCAGGUGCAUGGUGUUCCAUGGGGAAAAUGAGGAUGGAGACCUAGCCCUAGAGACCAGCGUGGACACUCGACACCCUGUGGAGGAAGGGAUUUCCUCUAAGGACAUGUCAACACCACAAGUUCUAGGCCAUUUUCAAACUUGUCUUAAGGAUGCAAUCUGAUGCAUGCUCUACCUGAGCAUAAGACCCAGUGUACAUAGUGUGUCAGUAAAUGUGCACAGGAUUAUGCUUCAGGAGUCUUGACUCUCAAUCAAGGAACUCUAGAACUAAGACUUCUCUAGCAAAGCAUUGUCAGUGUCACGGUCCAAUUUUCAAAGGUCAUCUGAAGAAGCUAUAAUGGAGAUACAAGAUUAAGAUAAUGGAAAAAAGGGGAGGGAGAAAAAUGGGGGAAUUAAGGAUGAUAUGUUUUCAGAUAAUAUGUUUUGUUUAAAUUCCUAAUAAAAAUUUUAUAUAUAAAAAAGAUAAUGGAAAAAAGCUCUCAUGUUGGAUUCCUUACAAACUGUUUAAACUUGAAGUGUGGGUGUGCCCUCUGUAUCAAAUGAAGCACAUUUGGCUACUCAGAAGCAUUUAAAUAACUAGUGGUGAUGUUUCAAAUAAUGUACUAAGGUGCAAAAAUGCAAAUACUAGGGCAAAGAGUCCCUAUAAAUACAUAUAUAUAAACACACAUAUACAUAUCCAGUAUAGAAUAUAGAAAAUGGAAUAUGGAAUAUAGAAUGUGUGUGUAUGUUUGUGUGUAAGUGUAAACAUUAUAUAAUAUAUUCAAAUAUAUACAAAAUGUAUAGAUACAAAGUAUACAAAGGUGCACUGUAUUAGGGAAAAUUGCUUUGCAAAAAAAGUGUAUAUUAGACAAAAAUGUGCACUAUAAUGUUGGCGAAUCUUCACGAGGACUUUAUGAAACAUUGCAAAUAGAUGUGGAGAACUGAGACAACAGAAAUAAAUUGAAAUUGACCGGUUCGCCCACCACUAGUUAUGACUGGGAAGGGUUUGAGUGCAAUGCUUCAGUUCUGAAUGAAUUCUGUUUCUUUUAAUGAAAAAGCAAUACCAAUAUGGCCUCCAGUCUGACCAGUGCCAAGUCAGCCAACCAGUGGAACAUGUCCAAGUGGUCCAGCAGUGCCAGCAAACCCAGACGGGCAAUUGCUAUGACGUAAGUCCCAUCUGUGUCAAUGAUUUCGGAAGUGGGAAUGUGAAGAAGGUCACCCUUCAGACCUGUGAACCGGUAAGAAUGGCUCCUCUUUAGAAUAGACUUCAGGUUCCCACAAAUGUUUCUGCUUGUUUCUUUUUGACUUGAGUCUUCUGAAGCCGCAACGUGGCUUCAUGAUAACCAGACGGAGACUAGCAUGGGAAGCUCUGAGAAGUGGCUGUAUGGAAAAUCCUAGCCCAAUGAAGCUUACAGUGCUUAGGCCUAGUCUUUAGAUAUAGUGGUCUUUGCUGAGAAAUAUGUAAAGAUGUGUAUUGUUGGUUUGCCUGCUUUUCAUUUGCUACCCUGGGACCCCGUGCAAGCAUAGUUUAUUCUUAAAUAGAGAAUAAAAGAUGUGAAUAAAAAACACUGGGCCUGACAAUUAUACACCAUGACUAUAUUGUCUAACAAUACCCAAUGAUGGAAGAGCAGUUUUGUUGUCAUGUUUUAACAUGUUACCCUCCAAGGUACUAGAUGGGAGAUUUUUUUGAAGUUGCCCCCAAGGGCAGAUGCUAUCCUUGUAAUCAUUUAGCGCCUGGGGGUGAUGGGGGUUGUACUCCAACAACAUCUGGAGAGCGCCAGGUUGGUGAAAACUGUUUUGGAGCCUGUCUGUUGUUGUUGUUUUUUUGGGGGGGGGCGGAGAUCGGAGAACAGUUUCCAGGUCAAUAUUUAGGAGAUCCUACUGAGUAUUUUCCUUGUGAGGAUUUGUGUGUGUUUAAUAAUUCCAUUGCCAAAUAGGUGGCAAUAUAACUGAAUGUUGUAAUAUCUCUUAGACCUGCUAUGAUUUUUAACUCUUAGCUUCUCACUUUUGUUCUUCUGAGGUUGCAUUUAGAAAUACAGUUGGGACUUCUAAUGAAAUGUUGCAGUGUAGAAUUCUGUCCAGCAUUCUAUCCAGCAGAUGCUCCCUCGCAAGGUGCUCUAAUCCACCCACCACCCACCUGAGUUAGCAUUCUAUAGCUGCUGAGCACACUCAGUCAAUAUUGGGUGGUGGAUAGGAGGAAACAAAUUACUAUUUCGGCAAACCUUGGGACCAGCGUUUGAAAUUCACCUGGUGACAGGUGCAUUUUGCACCUGCUAUAAUAAUAAUAAUAAUUUAUUAUUUAUACCAUGCCCAUCUGGCUGGGUUUCCCCAGCCAUUCUGGGCGGCUUCCAACAGAACACUAAAAUACAAUAACUAUAGGCCACUUGCAACCAAGUGAAGAUGCCUGGAUGUCUCAACCAUCUGGAGGUGCAUGCCUGGGGAUCCUUGGAUCGUGACUGUUUUCACACACUAGCAACAACACAUCCUGUAGUAUUCUGUCAGUUAAAUUUUAUCUAUACAAUCAGAACGAAUUUCAGGAACCCAAAAGUCGUAUUGAAAAAUACGACUUUUGAACCUUUUGGCCUCAAAAUUGCAACUAGGCAUUCCAUUUGGGCGGCUGUAACCCUGGUUUAAGGAGCCAUUUUGCACUUGGCUUAUAUAUCUGAGUUUCUGACACUGCUUGGGAUUCUUCUGAGCCUGCUAAUAACCUCCUCUCCUCUGCAUGGAUAGUGGGGGUUUUGUUUGUUUGCUACAUAAAGAUCCACACUUGCUAUUAGCAUCUAGGAUAAAAGCUGGAUCUCGUUUUCUCAACCAUUUUGCUUACGGUUGCAACAUGAGUAAUGUGCAGCUGGGUAGCACAGGACCACUCUUGCUCUGAGCUUCUGUGCUGAUGGUAUUGGGAACUAGAGUCAAAAUGUGUGUUCAUUUGCCUCCAGCAAAAGGCAGGCAAUUUUGCAAGUACCUUAGCAGAAAAGUGCUGUUAGCCACAGAAUUAAGAAACCAAACGUACUAAGGUGGAGCGCUUGCAGGCAGAGAGGAGAAGACUGGAUUCUAAUAACAUGAAUUAAAUACAGGACAUGCCACCAGGCCUUAGGCCCCUCAGGAGGUCAAAUGCACAUUGUGGGAACAGCUGGAAUUGAAGCUGGUGGCUUUCCUAAGCCAAUACUGCUGCUUUUAUUCUGGUGUGUCUGGGGGGUGGGAGAGAAGAAAUGGAGUCUAAUAAGGAUGAAUCAUUUUCGUCUGUUUUGUCUCCUCUCUCUCACACAAACUUUUUAGCUGACUAGGCUUGUUUCAAUGAGCCCCUGGGGGUUCUGGCUAUAGUUCUUUACUUUUGCAUCUUCUCUUCACCUUUCCUCCGCAAAGUUGGAACCCACAUCCUCUGAGAGUAGGAUUUUAUUUUAUGAUUUAAAAUUUCUUAUAGCUCACCUUGCAGGGUACACUGCCCUGACAAGGCACACAAAAAAUAAAUAAAACACAUUAAAAAUAUAAACAACAGCCCAUGAAUACAGCAAAUUAAAUAUUUAACCAUUAGUUUUAAGCUAGCAGCUGCUAAAGAAUAUUAGACACAGGGCAUUAAGCAAAUGCAAGCUGGAAUCAGCAUGCAUGGAGAGUUCUUAGGUGUGAUGAGCCUUUAUGUACUUCCCGGGGGAGGUGUUCCAGAAAUGUGGGGCCACCACUGAGAAGACCCCAUUCCAGACACCAAUCCUAAGGGUUUCACCAGCAGACCAGAGAGCAAACCUUGGAUAUAAUUAAGCAAUAAUUAGUCAUAAUGAUUUUACAGUGCAUGCGGGUCCUUUUCAUCUCUAGCAAAGUUCCUCUUUCCAGUUUGCUCAUGCACAUUUUUCAUUCUGUAUUGGCUCUCUGGUGGUCGCAUGCACCAUAUUGCUUCAGACUGCCAUUUCUUUUGUGUUUCCGGUACUUAAUUGAAUAUCUUCUUUUCCGAACAAGACUCUUUAAAAGGAAAUUCUUAUACAGUCUGGGUGUCUGUACUGAAAUUGUUUUUAAGUAUGUUUUAAUUGUUGACAUUUUUCUCUUAAUCACAUUGGGAUGUUGUUGUUGCUGUUGUUUUAAAGAACGAUUGCAAAUGCCCCAAAUCAUUUCCCACAUUCAUGGGCAAAGCAGACCCUAAAGCGGUCUUUUAUUUGUCUCCCACCAGGUGAAAUGUGUUUAUGAAGUAAAUGAUCAGUUGGACUCUCGGUUCUUUGGCGAGCUCCUGGCAGAACUGCACCGCAAGAGCAGCGAACUCUAUAGCUGUUUACUCCAGCAUAUCGAGAAGCUAGGUGGAAGGUAACUUUGUGCCUACCCCUAUUUCUGGUGCUCUGGGAAUCUUAAGAAUGUUAGUCAGAGUUUUAUAGAUGGAAGGAGGAAUGGUCAGUUCAGCUGCAUUCUGCAACUCCAUUCUGCUUGUGAGUAGUUAACCAUUUGAUUGCCUGUUUUUUGAGAAAUUCUGUGAAUUUAGAAAGCAGGAGGUCAUGAAUUCUGAAUUUGAAGAUGAGUCUCCCUAGUUCUGCAACCAGUCACAUAAUCCAAGUUACAUGAUUGGAGCAUGUUGUGAAAAUUUUGUUUGAUUGUAUACAUGUCAAUCAUUAUGGAGCCCUUCUGCAAAUAGGCACAGUUAAUGAACUGUUGGACUGUGUGCAUGUGUGUGUGUAUUUUGAAUGGUGUGUGUUUCUUGUUUAUAAAUGUAUGCAUUUUGUCUGCUUCUGUCUGCAUUUGCAGCUAUAGGAACUAAAAGGUUAUAUUUAAGAAUGAAAGCUUACCUCUUACCUGAAUCACCCAAGAGGACUUUAAAGAAAUGUUGAAAACGUUACACAGCUGGCUAAUGAAAAUUAUGUGCAUUUGGAAAUACUCUGUGCUAAUGAUGUCCUGUUUUUCUUACAGGAGAUAUGAAAUCGACUCUCUGAAUCAAGUAAGUACUCUUAAAGAUUUUUAGUAUCCUCCAUCAAUGGUCCAUGGCUGCAGUCCAGUGAAUCUCACAACAAAUAUCCUGAACUUGUACAGACAUUACCUAACCAUAGUUAGCUACCUUACACCAGGGUUUUUGAUCGCUUGAAUUAAGCGCUAGCCUGUGGAGGGAUGUGUGGAGAUAGUAAUGCCUACUUGCCAAAUUGCAAGCAGAAAGUGUUGAAGAGGUAGGGAAAGUGUCUUAGCCAUGGUUUCUUAACACAAACCAUGGAAAGCAAACCUGUUUCUCACACUGGUUUGUGAUCAGUCAUUAAACCAUGGUUAGGUGUUCAAACUAAUGCUUCCUUAAAUGAUUAUGAAAUCAUAGAUGGGUUAUAUAUUCUAUAACAUAUUUCUAUCAUAAUCCCACUUUAUCAAAAUGAUGGGCAAAAACUAUUUCCACACUGAGCAGAUUGAGUGUGCAAAAGAUUUAGUGGUCGCCAUGCUCUUAGCAAGUUGCAGAUAAUGAGCUUGCCAAAAGUAUACAGGCUGUGUCCUCCAUUGCAUGCUAGGCCUGUAACCAAAUAUUUUGCAGGAAGGCUGCUGUAAAGUUGAUGAAUACUUUAAUUGCUUAAGUCCAUCAGUUGCUGAAAACUUGUGACAUUUUCUUCUUUGCUUGGUUGAAGAAAAAGGCUACAUUGUCUGAAGUUCUUCACAAGGAACUCCUCUUUUCAGUACAAUCCCUAAGUGUGCACUUUGCUAAUUACUGAGGUGCAAGCUCUCUAAUGAGGGUGAACCACAAGGUCCCUUGAUGCCUCAGAGAUACUGCGCUUUCCAGUCCUCACAGCCCUUUUACCAGAAGAAGCAAAUUGUGUUGGAUGGAGCUGCUUCACUAGUGUCAUGGCAGGUGGGUUGCUGUUGCCUACUGGGAGUGGGGAGGUCAGCUAAUGCAGAUGCACCAACAAGAGCACUAUAUUGGUUCUGCCAGGGUGCUUGCACCGUGCUGCCCUGUCUCUCUCCCUCCUAGCAAGCAACAGUGACUAACCUGCCAGAGAGUUAGCAUAGUGGUUCUGCCCCACCUGGCAUUUAACUCUAAUAGGCAACAAGAGUCUGUUGCCAUUCUGCUUUCUCUGUCCUUCAGUUGCUCAUAAUAUUUUGUGCUUGUUCCAUGAUUUAUUUUUUGCUGCUAUCAAUAGAUGAGAACCAGGUCUAAUACUCACUCUGUCUUUUUUGUCUCCUGUUUCUAAAUUAAUAGACGGAAGAUAUUGAGAGUUUGAUUCCUAAAGGGAUUUCUGAAUCAACAAAGCAACAAAUCCGUUAUCUCCUGGAGGUAGGGCAUUCCGUAUGUGGGCGUGAGGUGGAAAGUAAUCUGCAAAAAUUAAAAGGGAAUAUUUCCUGGCUUUGUGUUAUGAAAACACUUUUUAAAAAAUACCAUCGUUCUCAUUUGCAGCGACUUGUCUGAACAAAUCAACAGAUUCCAUUGUGGAUGCUGAUCCAUGCUUGACAUGUGUAAUUUGAAAAUGCCAGGUUUCUCCCUAGUCUUAUUUUGUAGUCUUUAUUUUAACUUCUAAGCAUACAACAAUCUGAACAUAUUUUUAAACAAGCAACAGCGAACUCUGGACAAAUUUAAAAUUAUAAUCAGGAAUCAGAUAUUGGCUAGAAAAAACUCUUUCAUGCCUGCAUGUGUGCAUAUAAUAGGCAGGAAGAACACUAUAUCUUUAGAGAGGGGUGUUGGGAUUACAAGCCCAUAUAAAUUCUAUAAAUCAAACCAAUUCGCAACAAAAGUGUAAAUAAAAUAAAAAUCAGCAAGGGGGAGGUCUUACCUACUUUGAUUUUUAGGGAUGGGGGAGAAAUUCACUCUAAUUCACAGUAUCCAAAACAAUAUGAGGACCAAAACACAGCUAUUCUUUCCAAUGUGCAGUUCUUCAAAUUUUGCAACACAGUUGCCUAGCUAAGUGCCAAGCACAAAAAUGUAUAUACCAGGGUAAAGUGUGCAUAGACAUGCAUUUAUAAGUGAAAGUAACAUGCAUGAAUGUACUUUGUAAGGCGGAAACACUCUGCAAAAAUGUGUACAUUGGAUACAGAUUUGCCCAUCUCUUACAGCAACCAUAAGAUUCAGUUCAGAUCCUGAUUCAGUGCUUUGGAAAACACCCUGAUUUGCUUUGAAGCACUCCAGAGGCAGAUACAGAUUGGGUUCUGAAUCUGAAUCCCAUUUCUGAAAAAUGAAAAGUUGUACUUCUCUCAUUCAAUAUUAAAAAUGAUGUAGACUUUUUAAAUUUCCCCAUGAUGUUGAAUGGGCUAUAUAAUUUUUCUUCUUUUUGGCAGAACUUGUUGAAAUUGGCUUGCCUUGUAUAGCUCUUACUAAGAGGAUAAAACUUGCUACAUCCCAGACAAACAGAUGCAAGGGUGUUGUUGUUUGUUUACUGGGCACCUUAAACUUAUUUUAUUUUGAAUUAAUGGGUUGUAUCCAGUGUUAGUUCUACUCAGAGAAGGCCAAUUGAAAAUAAUGGACUUUGCUAACUUAGGUAUAUUAAUUUUAAUGGACUUAUUCUGAGUAGAACUUAAUUGGAGUAACUAGAUUAUUUUGCUUCUCUGAAAUUUGCUUUUCCUUUCUUUCCCUCCUUCUUUCCUAGAUGAGAGUAACUGCUGAUAAGUCAAUGAGGCUUGUCCUUGCUACAUUCAACAACCUUCGAGAAGAGCUUGUUCAUCUUCAGGAUGACUUAGGGGUGAGUGGCUGUCCUGGUUAGUCUCUGUCCAAAUGUAUUCGAUUAGUUCAUCAAUUGGUAUACAAGACUGGGAUUCCCAAAUCUACUUAGGGUGCAACUACCAGAAUUGUUGACCCCGCCUCUGCUUGCAUGGCAGACCCUUCUACUGUACACUACCUCCUUUUGAAACCCUCCUUGAUUUCAAAAGACCACUGUCACGUGACAUGUUCUUGAUAAACACAAUUUUUCCUUUGUCCAACUGGGCAGAGGCAAAUGACUUCAGCAUUUCCAAAUGAAACUUCGUGUUAGCUGUUUCUUCUCAAGCGUUUUGUAGGAACUUGUCAUCUUCGUUUUUGGUUGAUCAAAUCAAAGGCUAUGGAUGCUUUAUGGUCCUCUCUGAAAGUGACCCUUAGGCACGCACUGUAGCAAUUCCUCAGAAGCGAGUCCUUCGCUGAGAACUUGAGCUUGCUUCCUCUCUCUCCUCUUCCCUUUUUCCUUUAAUGCUGUUUCUUCUAGAUAUGUGGGCAAGGGCUGCCUUGUUUUAAUUGAUUGCAUAUAAGCCACUCUGGGAGCUUCUUCAGCCGAAGUGCAGAGUACAGAUGUUAUCUAAAUAAGUAAAUAAAAUACAUACCAAAAGAGAACCCUUGCCCCCCCCCCAAAGGUUCCUAGUCCUCCCAGCUCUUUUUUUGGGAUAUAGUCCCCUUGGACCAGUAUGUGACUGAGUUGCAGUUGCUGAUGGAACAGUAGUAUGUGCCCCUAUUCUGCUGUCCUUCAAACUGUGUUUUUGAACCACUUCCUGGCUUCCUGGCUACCAUUCAAAUCACCUGAGAGAUUUUUAGCUUUGGGCCCAGUAAGGAGGAGUUUCAGGUUUGUCUCUACACAUUGCAAUAAGCAUGUUAGUUUCCCCAUUAGAAUUCUUGGUCCUGCGCGUCCACCAUCAUAGCAGCAUGGGCCCAUCUGAAUUUUCAAAAUUGUCAUCUGAAUUUUCAAAAAAAAAAAAAGUCCUUUUCAUAAUGAGAAUUUUGCUUUCACAGAAACUGGAAACUGACAAAGUGCUGCUUGAGAAAGACCUGGCUUUUAAAGAGUCCCAAGUAAAGGAGUAUGAAACUCUUCUGGAGUCGGUGCGAGAGAAUAAUCGCCAACAGCAGGUAGGUUUGCAUGCUUAUCGGACUGAAACAAUAAAUCUUAGUGGACCUGAGUUGAGCCUUAAGAGCACGUGGCAAUGUUAAGCGUGCUUGCUCUGAGGAUCAAAGUACCUUGGUGGUAGGGGGUACACAAGGUACAGCAUUCCCACUGGUAAAUUGGCCCCAGGUUGUCUAAGCUGACCUGCUUCCUGCCAUGUGUGUUCACAGCAAGCCCUCAGGGAGUACACUCUGAAGUGCCGCUCGCUGGAAGAGCAGCUCCUCUCUCUCCGGCACAACGACGGAGACCGAGAGUUCCGGCUGAAAGACCUGGAAUACAGCAAGCGAGCCUUGGAGCAAGAAAUCCAGAAUCUGAGACUCCAGGUAAAGGCAGGCCUUUGUUUCUAUUAACGUGUGGCCUAAUGACGGGUGACUGGGCCUCCCCAGCCUUAAUUCAGUAAUCUAACCCAGGCACAGGGAACCUUUUAUUGUUAUUUUUUGUCCUGCCAAGGGCCUCAUUCACUUGGAAGGAAUGAGGGUCAAAGGUUGCGUUACUGGCACUUGGGGGGUGGGGGGCAAAUGCCAAUAUUGGUAGGUGCUGGAGCCCAAAAUGGGUGGGUCACCCUUUUCUCUCUCUCAUGCGCUUUCUGCUGCUCCCUUCAUAGGGACGGAGGAAUGCUGCCUUGAGCAUAGGCCCAUCCAGCUCAAUAUUCCCUGCACUCAAAUUUGGAGCUAUACUUGACAAUCUGAUAAAGUUGACAGUUUACUUGGACUUUGUGAUUUUAACUCACUUGCAAAGUACUCAUUCUGUGUGCCUUAUUUCAUAAUUUUGUUUUUCACCUUUUAACUUUUGUCUGUUGAUGUAAUCGUUCUCUCUGUUUUAUAUGCAUUAUAAAAUGAAAUACUGAUAAUAAACUUUGCAGGGGGGGGGGGAAUGCUGCCCACACUGGCUGACAGCAGUGCUCCAGAGUUUCAUACAGUGGCACCCCCCAGCUUUAUCUCAAUGGGGUGAACGUUGAAUCUGAGAUCUUCUGCAUGCAAAGCAGAGCAUGCAAAGAGAGCCCUCCUCUCUUUCUCAUUCUGCCACCCUGUUUUCUCCCUCGUUGGCACCCACAUGAAACUGGGCUUGAAAGCUGCAUGUAGAUGAGAGGCUUCAGGUUGCCCCCCUGUGGUCUAAGGGCUAUGCUACAACCAUGAGCCAGAAAUCAGUGAAUACUUGCUAUUUUCUGGUUAAACCAGCAAGAUAGGCAGGAUAGGCAGAGAAGCCUUUUAUGUCCUUCCAAUGAUGAGAAUUACACCAUCCUCUGCAUAAGAACAUAAGAAAAGCCUGGCUGCUGGAUCAGGCUAAUGGUCCUUCUGCUUCAGCAUCCUCUUCUCAACAGUGCCCAGGUCUAGGGGUUCCUGGUUCUAGCCACAGGAGCUUCUGAUGCCUCCAGUUAAUUAAAAAAAGGGAACGUGGUGUGGUUUGAAAACAAGUAAAAUCUAUAUUGGAGAACCCUUGGCAAACUGCUGCUGGUCUGCAGGCAGUUCUAGGCUGCAAGUAGCAAUAAAAGAAGGUAAGAAGAGCCUACUGGAUCAAGCCAAUAGCCCAACUAGUCCAGCAUCCUGUUCUCACAGUGGCCAAUCAGAUGCAUGCGGGAAACCCACAAGCAGACUCAAGCUCAAGAUCCUUCUCCCUUGUGUGGUUUCCAGCAACUGGUAUUCAAAAGCAUCAUUUCCUCUGCCUGUGGAGGCAGCCAUCUUAAUUGAUAGCCACUGCCAGGGAUAGCCUUUAUCCUCCAUGAAUUUGUCCAGUCUUCUUUUAACACCUUCCAAGUUUGUGGCCAUGAACACCUUCGUUAGGAGUGAACUCAGUGAGUUCAACUAUGCGCCAUGUGAAGAAGAAAAGGUAAAGGGACCCCUGACCGUUAGGUCCAGUUGUGGAUGACUCUGGGGUUACAGUGCUCAUCUUGCUCUAUAGGCCGAGGGAGCUGGCAUACAGCUUCCGGGUCAUGAGGCCAGCAUGACUAAGCCGCUUCUGGCGAACCAGAGCAGCACACGGAAACGCUGUUUACCUUCCUGCCGGAACGGUAUCUAUUUAUCUAUUUGCACUUUGACGUGCUUUCGAACUGCUAGGUUGGCAGGAGCUGGGACCGAGCAACGGGAGUUCACCCCCUCGCGGGGAUUCGAACCACCAACCUUCUGAUCGGCAAGCCCCAGGCUCUGUGGUUUAACCCACAGCGCCACCCUCAUCUCUUUUAUGUGAAGAAGUACUUUCUUUUAUAUGUCCCGACUCUUCCAACGUUCAGCUUCCUUGGGUGUCAACCGGUUCUAGAGAUGCGAGAGAGGGAGAUGAGGGAAAUUUCUUUGAACAUCAGUUUUGUGACGGAGCUCGGUGAAAGUGACCCUGCUUUUUAUCGUCUGUGCCGUUUGCAAAAGUCAAACUAAAUUAAGCAUUUUGCUCUUGCACAGGCUUCCUCUAACACUCCAGGCCAGACCACCGUUGACGAACUAUCCAGCCGCUAUGUGGAGAUGAUCAACCAGCUUAGAGAGGAUAAGGACAGGGAGAUCCGCAACCUCAGGGUAUGUCAGCUUUCCUUUUGGGGACACCACAGGGGGAGAAAGUCCAUAUCGAACCUCUCCAAGUACACCUCUGCGUUUGUACAGCUCAGGGCCACAGUGGUUGUGGCAUCGGGAAAUCAGUGAUUGAACUGCCUGCUUUCUAAAAUUAUUCCUACUAUUAAAAAGGUUAAUGGCAGCCACUGGGAUGCUAUUAACCUUUUUAAUAGUAAGAAUAAUGGGCACUGGCAGUGUUGUUAGCCCUGUCCCUUUAUAUCAUUUUUGCCUUUUAAAUUGCCCUCCACCCGAAGCUGCUACCUGCUCCAUGGAACAAAUAGCAGCUUCAAGGAAAAGAGAUUUUAAUCAGGGGGGUGCAAUGAGCGCAGUGGGUCGACCCCUUCCAUAUGCAUAGCCCCAGUUAGUUUUAAACACACAAUUACUAUUGCAUAUUAGAAAACCCAGAAGGACAGCUGAACCACAAAUCUCCCGAUGUCACUCGGGGUGUGAAAAUUCUUGCUGCUCGCUAUGAAUGCUGGCAGUAGCAUCUUAUUAAUCGUUGUUUUUAUUCUGAGGGUCGUAAGCCUCUGGAUGGGUGUCAUCGGGUCCAAAGGGUGAGGUAUUUUUAUUUAGAUUAAUUUGUUUUUUAUUGUAUCCUUUGCUGAAAGUUUCAAUGAAAAUACUUUUUUUUAAAAAUAAAAAAGGUGGGGUACCAGUAUUUUAAUAAGCAACAAAAUAAAGAGUACCAGUGUUAAAAAAUAAAAUUUAAGUUAGUAGUUUUGCUACUCACCUCACCAGAGGUGGUGAGAUUCAUAGUGGAGACUCCCUACAUUUGCUCUGGAAAGCCUGGCUUUCCCAUAUUCUCCAGUUCCAUUCCUUGACUUUUUAUCGCUUGCCUUUUUUUUAUUGUUUUCUUUAAAAAAAAAAAAAUCUGUAUCUGAGCAUGUGACCUGCUGUUCUUGUUUUCUAGUCCAAAUUAUGUGAAUUCCAGCGGGAUUUUUCAAGGAAGCAGGGGAGUGACACUGACCUCCAGAUUAGACUGCAAGACCUGACUUUAAGGCUGGAAGAGAGAGAUGCCACAUUGAAGCAGUUGGAAGAUGUAAGUAGCGCUGCUUUGCAGACCGUGGUUUGGAACUGCCCAGGCAGUCUCCCCCACUUUUAUUAUUAUUAAAUUUCUUUACCAAUCUUCAUUAAAGGAUCACAGGAUGGUUCACAAGAUAAAAACACAAAAAUACAGAACAUGGUAACAGACCGAAACAAUACGCGCCCCCCCCCCAGUUCAAAAGACCGUAGGUUGUUUAAUUAGCCAAAAGCUAUGUUUUAGGAACAUAGAAUCAUAGAAAUGUAGAGUUGGAAGGGGCCACAAGGAUCCUGUAGUCCAAUCCCCUGCAAUGCAGGAAUCUUUUGCCCAACGUGGGGCUUGAACCCACAAUGCUGAGAUUAAGAGUCUCAUGCUGUACCGACUGAGCUAUCCAGGAAGCUGCCUUCUACUGAGUCAGACCAUUAGUUUGUUGCUUGGCUGUGGUACACCUAGGUUUCAGGGAGAGGUCUCUCCCAGUCCUACCUGGAGAUGCCAGGGAUUGAACUUGGGAACUUUUGUAUCCAAGGCAGAUGCUCUACCAUGGAGCUAUGACCCUUCCCCAAAGAGAAGGUUUUCCUGCUGCCUCUCUUGAUUCCUUAAUGCAAGCAGAUAAAUCAAGCAAUAGCCCAUGUUGCAUGAUCUGGAGUUCUUUCAUGAUAACUGCUCAGUACUUUGAGUUCCCAGCCUUUCAUUUGUCUACAUGCUCAGCAACACAAGGUUUGUACACCUGCAUGGAGGUUGACAGGCACACCAGUACAGAGCAGAAGUCUCAAUAGUUUUCCAUUUCUCCAGUCUGCCUUCUUCUCCUUCCUUGUGAGAUAAUUUGGCAUUUAGUAAGCAUUCUGUAAACAUUCAAAUCCAUCCUUGGCUCAGUGAUAGAGCAUCUGCUAGCACAGAGGAAAUCCCAGGGUCAUUCUUCAGGCAAGACUGGGAAUGUUCCCUAUCUGAAACCUUGGAGAACCAUUGCUAGUCAGUAUUGAUUAGUGUGGCACCCAGCUUAACACCCCAAACUCAUAACAAUACUGAGGCAGAUGGACCAAUGUUCUGGCUUGGUCAAAGGAGCCCAGUUAAGAAUGUUAUUGAUAUAAAUGUGUUGAAUGAUACAAGCAAAGCCCACUAAGGGAUAGCAAACAGAAUACCACUAUGUAAACAACGCAGCAGUUUUCCAAACACACAGUGAGAUCUCCAGGAUUCAAACUCAUUUUGCACUUGUUCAACAAAUGGGUGGCAGGUAUUAACCUCUUAUUGCUUUAAUUUCUUCUUCCUGUUAAGGAAAUGCUGUCGCUGUGAAUCCUGAAAACAUAUUAUUGUAAAAAUCACCCACUGCAUAAUAUGGAGUAUACAAUAUAAGACCAUGGUCCAAAAUAUAAAUGGAAUACCUAUUGAAUUAUAUUAUACAUGCAUCUCAAUGCAACCCCUGAGGUUCCCAAGGUGCCUUAGUUUGGCCUGGUUCAGGCAUGUGUGUGUGUGUAUCAGCCUACUAAGCCCAGAAAUACAUAGGUCUUGUGCCUCCAUCCUCCAUCCUUAUGCCAUUCCUUCCUUUUUCUUCUUCCAUUCAACAUUUCCUGGCUAAUUAACCAUAGUUCAGCGACCUCUUGAUCAAUAUCCCAAUAUGAAGUGUUCUUUAGUUAUGACAAGCCUCUACCUUUCAAAGAACUGGAUUUUACUUGUGAUCAUCACUGUGUUAAUGCCUUGAUAAAGAUUUUGAGUGAAAUAGCCUUUUUAAAAAAUCUCUCUCUCUCUCUCUCUCUCUCUCUCUCUCUCUCUCUCUCUCUCAGGAAAUCUUCAGAUUGAAACAAGAAAAACUAGCAAACAAUUCAUCCCAAGGAGUAACAAAGACUAUCAUCACUAAAAAGUAAGGGCACUGCAUGCAACUCUUUUUCUUUCUGACUGUCUGUCUCUCUUGUGCUGCUGGUGUGUGCAAUGCUUUACAGCAGGAGUGGGGAACCUUGAGCCCAUUUGGUUCUCCAUUUGACUCUCCAUUUGGCUCUCCAGGCUGUUUUGGAGAAGCCACACUCACCCGCCCAAAACCUGAUGUCACACAUAGAGCUGGCACUUAUCAGCUGAUUUUCAAACUCUUGGGAACCCCAUGCAAGGAAUUUUGGCAGACGGGCAGGACAUCCUACCUGUCAGUCAUGUGAUAAUGGUGUCAUUAUUAUUAUAAAUAAUUAUUAUUAUUUAUUCCCCACUCAUCUGGCUGAGUUUCCCCAGCCACUCUGGGCGGCUUCCAACAGAAUAAUAAUAAUAAUAAUAAUAAUAAAUAAAGCGAUAAAACAUCAAACAUUUAAAACUUCCCUAAACAGGGCUGCCUUCAGAUGUCUUCUAAAAGUCAGAUAGUUGUUAAUUUCUUUGACAUCUGAUGAGAGGAUGUUCCACAGGGUGGACACCACUACCAAGACGGCCCUCUGCCUGGUUCCCUGUAACUUGGCUUCUCGCAGUGAGGGAACUGCCAGAAGGCCCUUGGAGCUGGACCUCAGUGUCCGGGCAGAACCAUGGGGGGUUCUUCAGGUAUACUGGGCCAAGGCUGUUUAGGGCUUUAAAGGUCAGCACCAACACUUUGAAUUGUACUUGGAAAUGUACUGGGAAGGAUCUGGCUCAUGGAGCCGAAAAGAUUUCCAUUCCUGACCUUACAGAACAUAAGAGCUACAAAUCCCGGAGUGGUCAAUCCCUCCUUUCAGAGAACUCUUAGAAUUUUGCUCUGAACUGAAUGGGAGAGUGGGUCUCCUAACAGCCCUCAGCACCUUUAAUAAUCUACUGGUCUCCAAAUGCUGUGGGGGAAGCCAAGACUAUUGCCAUGGUAUAAGAGUGCUUUAAAUGUAUCAUGCGGAUCUGAUGCCAGAAUGUUUUGCACACUAUAGGUAAAGGUAAAGGUACCCCUGCCUGUACGGGCCAGUUGUGACAGACUCUCGGGUUGUGCGCCCAUCUCGCUUAAUACCACACUAUAUGUGGUAUUAAAAUAGAAAUGCUGAUAGAUCCUUUUGAAAUUCCAGGUACAGGAAUCAGUAUCCUAUCCUUGGCCUCUUGUCUGAUGACUACAAUGUCACAUCACCUGUAAAGGAAUCGCAGACAAUUGUAAUUGAAAAAACUGGAGAAAUGUGGAAGCAGGUAAGUCAUCCCUAGGGGAAUGUUUGUUCCGGAAGUCACUUAAGAAAGAUGUACAGCUACAGUGACUGUUUUUCUGAGCAUUAUUAAUUCUCAGAAAGACAAUUCAUUUAAUUAAGUAAUAUACUGCUUUGUGCCAAAAUGGCUUCUAAGCAGUUUAUAACUAAAAAUCCAUACAUCAGUUCUGGCACUUCUCAGGUGGGUUCCGCUGCCAUUCUAAGAGAACAAGGGUGGUGUUCAUGGCGAGUCCUGGCACCUCUUUUUCUAGAAAAAUAGCAUUGCCAUGCAUAAUUAAAAUGCACAAUAAAACAAUUCCACUGAAGCAUUCAUACACCUUUAAUUAAAAUGUAAAUAAAGCAAGCCAGUUAAAAAGUAUGACAUUUAAAAAGCAUUUAAAGCAAUAAGAUGUCAAGUUCAAGUUGUGGGCGUGCUUGCCUAAACAAAUGUGUCUUCAGGACACAGUAGAAUGCCAUGGGGCAUUUAGUAUUUCAGCACGGAGGGCAUUCCACAACACUGGUAAUACCAGUUAAAGAAACACCUCUGUUACCAUAUGCCAAUAUUUAUCAGGCCAUGGCAAAACUAACUGGGUUUCAUGUAGUGGAUGGGCAUAGUGGGUUCCCCACAGUUACCUUUUGUGAGGGAUAUCCUAGGAUUGCCAUAUUUCAAAAAGUGAAGAUCCAGACACAAAAGUUGUUGAGUUGAUUUUGGUUUGCCAAAGUUGUUGUGUGAAAAAUGAAAAAUUGGCAAAAACGACACUGCCAACAUGGGUUGCCAUAUGUCCAGAUUUUCACAGACAUUUUGCCGAUUUCUUCCUGGACACUGCUUCCUACUACAGUAUUCAGGAUACCUCUGGGAAAUUCUGGACAUAUGGCAACCCUAGGAUUUCCCAGGUGUGGGCAGCAGCCCAUAUGCAACAUUUCUUCAUGGGCAGCCAUUUUGGAUCAACAUAGGAAGCUGCUUUAUACCAGUUCAGACCAAUGGUCCAUCUAGCUUGGUAGUAUCUACAUUGACUGGCAGCCGCUCUCCAGGGUUUCAAGGAGGAAUCUUUCCCAGCCCUCCCUGGGGAUUGAAUGUUGGAUUAUCUACAUGUAAAGCUCUGCCGUUCUGCUACCACAGCCCUUCCCUCAAGACAUUGGUCUCAGACAUUUUUUUCAGAUUGCUGGAUAUUGUGAACUGGGUUGUAAUCUGUUUCAGUGCCCCCCAAACUUUAUAGGAUGUGGCACCCUGGGCUGGGGUGCUGAGGUGAACAAUUGGCAGACAUCUGGGAUGACCCUCCCAAUGGCAUCUGUAGACAAGAGGUAGUGGCAGUGCGGGGAAAUUAGGAUAUAUGGAGUGAGACCCAGGUUUUGCCAGCAAAGACUUGCUUGUCAUAGAUGUAUCCCAGUACAGAAAAUUUGUGCUAAAAGUUAAAAGGCGUAUUAAUCCUAAAUCUUGAGAACAAGGUCCAAAUAUUGAAAGUCUGCCCAGCUAGUUCCGCAUACCCAAUGGGACUUUAGGGUUGUGUUCUUAAACAACAGCAAUUCCCCAGGCUCCAUGGCCAACUGCUUUUGAAAGCUUGGGAGUUCAAAAACAGUUUGCAAAAUGAUUGCAGAAAGACUUUGUAUGCAAAAUCAACAACAACAACCCCAGCCAACUAAACCUACAUAAGAGCAACGUUCCCAAUUAGAUGUUUGAAAAGGGUGUGUUGAAGUUGCCCUUUGCAUGCCAGACAGGAAAUCUUUCAUUUUUCAGUUGAUUUUUCUUGCUUUCUUCAAAAUGUCGCAAAGUGCCCUUUGCGGUGUUACAGUUUAUUUAAACUGAUUAGGGCACAAAACCUUAGCUUCUUGCAUUUGCUGUAUGAAACUUGAGCUUUCAGAAUAAAUAGCAAAUAAUUAUUAUUUUUAAAAUCCAAUGAAUGUACGCAGACGUACAGCAUGAAUGAUAAUGUGUUUUCUUUGUUUUGCAACAGGAGGCCUUUACGGCUGAUUAAAGAACUGCUUCCUUUCUUUCAAGUAUGAACAAGUUCCCUGGACAAGCCACAGCUGAUCAGAGGAGUUCAUGUGCAAAUGAAUGUUGUUACAUUAUUUUUCUGCUUUUCUUCUUCUCCUAUUGAUUUUUCAAGUCUGAAACGCAAAACAGUCACGGUUAGGGAAAAAAUGUUACAGGCACACUAUAUAAUGGUGUGUGUGGAAUGGGGGUGUCUUGGCUUUGAUUGUUCACAUAUGAGUGGUUUUCAAACAUUAUUCUUCCUUCAGUCUUAAUUAUAUUGGCUCAUCAGCAAAGAUACUCUGAUGUGUCUUGAAAAGGAGUUUGAGGUGUAUGAGUUCAUACAAGGGACUGCCAAGUUUGUCCUCCCCAUUGACCCAUGGGAACAGAGAAUGUCACUUAGAAUGUACCCAGUUCACUGCAAAGGUGAGUAGCAAUGGGUGAAUGGUUUUUCAGGAAAGCUCAUAAGAUGUUAGGAAGCUGCCUUGUACUGAGAGCAUUAGUCCAUCUCAGUACUGUUUGAAGUGAUUUCAGGUGGGAUGCUUCACAGUCAGUCCUACAUGGAGAGGCCAGGAGUUGAACCAGUUGAUCUUCUGCGUGCAAGGCAGAUACUCUAGCACUGAGCUAUGAACUGAGCUUUUCAUCAAGGGAUGCUUGUGUUCCCUCAAAUGCAAUGUGGCAACUACUAUAGCAAAUUGUCUUUUGAAUGAAUUCCCCACCCUCUACUGCCCUGUCCUAUAAUCUCACUGAAAAACAGACACACACAACUCGUUAUGCUUUGGAUAAAAUAAGUUUCUCCUCUCCCUCCCUCUCUCUCUUUUUUCGAAAAAUUCAGGUGUGCCACUUUUGAAAUUAAUCCAUCAUGCUGGAUAGUUAGCAAUGUCUGUGGGUUGACUUCAUCACUUUGCAGUGCAAGGUCAAUUGACAAAACUGAACAGUCAGGGUUGAGUUGUAUAUAGUAAACUUGCUUGCAUGAUUUUCGUGGUGUCAAAGGGCAGGGGGUGGGGAGCCCGACACGCUGGGGUGUGUGAAUUGACUAGAAAGGACCAUUUCCCAUGGUAGAUAUCAUGGUCAACUUAAGUUGGGAGGUUAUUAGCAGGUGUCAUUCAGAGAAAAUGACAUGAUGCUUAUGCCCAUUUUUCAAGUGUGACUUGGAAAUGGUGUGAUCACACAGUGACCAUAUUGGGAGCUUUAAAUAGUGGAGAAGUCACACCAUGCUCCCCCUCAAGCUAAUGAAGACCCUUCUCCAACUUGCCUAAUCUGGGAAGGUCACAGCUAUAGGGCAGUAAUGGUGGGUUGUUGUGUUCACUGAUAAAACUUGUUAGCCAUGCACUUAAACCUCAUUGAUUUUUCAGUUGGAUAGAGAGGUGCCUAUCUCCAUUUGGGCAGUGCUCAUUGUAAAUAGAAAACUUGUGGGGCAGCAUAGCAGGAAGGGUGUGUAUGACACUUACCCAGAAUCAGCCUAAUGAUGUGUUUGAUGGCAAACACUCAUACUGGUGUGUCUGCCGAAAUAACAUCAUGUUUCCUGAUUCACAUUGGUGUUGCAGCUAGUAUUCAUGUGGCCGUUUAGCUUUUCCAUAAGGCCAAUGAGUGUUAAGCACAAGUAUGUUGUCACCACUGCCAUAAUCACUCUUGCAAGGGGAUGAGGUGGGCUGAUAAAAAGAAUAAUGAAAAUGUGCUUUCGAGGAGUGUGGCUGGUGAUUGUUAUAUCCCUUGGGACUAAGCUUUUAAAUAGUUAUUAUCAAAUUUGUUUUACCAAUUGUGACUGUUAUUAUUAUCUUGAUAGCAUAUAAUUUUCUGUUUUGCAUGUAGAGCUUUUUGUUUUCUUGUUCAGUCCUCUAUACAGUACUGAAAAAAAAUGAAACAAACCCCGAGUUUUGCCCAGCAAAGUUGUUUUGUUAACAAAAUAACUCCAGUUUUACUCCCACCUAAAAUAUUGGAACUCUGGACCAGAGUAAACUGUGGUCUACUGUUGUAAAUCAUCUCAAUUUCUGAUCCACAAGUAGCAUAUGCUUUCCCUACCCUUCAAUUUUGCAUUCCCAGGCAGGCUGCAAAAACAGGUUAAUCCACCCGAAGCGAGCUUCCAUUUAUGCUUUGUUGGCUGCCAUUAUACCUUGCAUUGGCCUAUUUAUUGGUAAAAAUGAGGGCAGCACCCAAAAUAGAAAUCAGAGAGAGAGAGAUGGAGAGACACAAUCUGUAGGAGGGGAAAAUAAUAAUCAAGGUUUCCAUUUGAAAUGCAUUAGGUAUUUUCUACUUUUUUCCAGAACUUUGAGAUUUGCCUCUCUCUUUUUAAAAAUCUUUAUUUAAAAAAAUGUUUUCCCAGAUUCUGCAAAUUAAAGAGGCAUACACAAGGAGUACCAUCAAUUAGGAACCCAAUAAAAUGAACUAAAUUGGACAAGAACACAUUCCACACUCUUGAACACUCUUGAUCUAGCUUUGAGGGCCUUCUGCCGAUUCCCUGUGAGAAGUAAGGUUACAGGGAACCGGGUUGAGGGCCUUCUGUGGAAUGCCCUUCCAUCAGAUGUCAUGACUUUUAGAAGACAUCUGAAGGCAGCCCUGCUCAGGGAAGUUUUUCAUGUUUGAUGUCGUAUUGUGUUUUAAUUUGUUGGAAGCUGCCCAGAGUGCCUGGGGAAACCCUGUCAGAUGGGCAGCAAAUAAAUAAAUUAUUAAUAGUAUUAUUUUUAUUAUUAGUAUUAUUAUUGGCACACUUCCCAAUCAUUUCAUUAUAACACCAACUGGAGAUGUUUGUAGCUCAACAGCAGAGUGGUGUUGGUUAUGCAGCUACAAAAUAACACUUUACUAGGUUUUUGUAGGGAUUUGUUUUGUGGGUACAUGGGCGCUCCCUUCCCUCUCUUUUCUCACAGCGUGAUGGAUGUUGGUCAUUUUGGGAGCUGACACAUAACAGUCUGUAUCUGUAUCAAUAAGCCCUUAACAGUUUACAGGGGGCAAGCCUACAUAUAUCUUUGUUAAAACAAAAUAAAUAUAUUUGUAAGCUUGAUUUCUUAGCUGUCGCCUGAAGUUUUUAGAUUAUUGGUGUAUGAAGUUGGCAACUCUACGAGAUGAUAAUAUCAAGUAUGAAAUGUUCUUUUUAAAAGUCAAUUAUAUUUUUUAAUUGGGGUGGGGAGGAUUCAAGUCCCCUGAUUUUUUAAACAUGUAAUACAUGUUCUUCAGUGCAGCAGUCUCUAGCAGUAAUGGGCUCACUAAUGAGCAGAACUUGCCUGCAGAGCGCAUUUUUCUCCAUUUCACGGGGUUUGCCAUACACAUAUCAUGAAAUACCUUUUUACCUGGAGCUUAGUUCUUCCCAUUGAAGUAUAUGGGACAGGCAGCAUCUAUACAUACAAAACCUCUUGGCUAUGUGGAAUAGCCAGAAGUCGCAACAUUGCCUAAAGGGCUAACAUAAUGGACUUUAAUAGGGGAAGAGGAAGUCAUGAAUGAUGGGCAAGAUGACCAAACCUUCCGGGCAAUUAUUGCUUUUUAAGAAUGCAGUACAAAAGAGACUGGAGCUGCACUGAAAUUCCCACCAGGGACACAACAGGUCCCCAGAGGUUUUCACAAUGCAAGCUGACACACUCCUAAGGAAUCUUGGGGAAGCCAUCUCAUCUUAUCUCCAGAACUGACACAUCUAAAGCAACAAAAAGAUGAGGUUGUAAAUCACAGCUCUGAAGCAAUUAAGAAAUUAAAGGACUUCCCUACCCAUCCCUCACAUUUUAUUUUUACACUGUAUUGAAGCUGGUACAUACAAUUCUCCCAAGUUCAGUAGGUGUUAUGGCACAGCCCAGAGCUAUGUAGCUAACCCCUUAGAAAUAUGAUUUAGUCCUAUGCUGAUGUGGCUUCUUGGGCAAAAUCACCCGAGUUUACUUCUCAACCUUUCUAAAGUCGUUUCAAUGUGUGCUACUCAGUUCAAAAAUGGUUAGGAGAGUAGGAACAUGGCGUAUUCACUAUUUCUCCCCUUUCACACAUAAUCCAUUCUCCCUGAUUAGUCCUAACUAUGUAUUAUUCUGCAGGUAUACUUUUGGAAUUUUUUUUGCAAGCUAGAUGAGGAGGGAUUUCUGUCUUUUUUUCCAGG